CCCCUCCUCACCCCGUGUGCGCAUGCGCAGAGCCUCGUCUCCCGCGCAGUCACUUUGCGCCAAGUGCGCGGCCGCCGCUGGGGGAGGGGAGACGCACGUAAGCAUCCGCGGAAGGAGCCGGACCGUCAACAGCGACCCCACCGCAAGACCCUGACCCCCCCCUGCGCCACUACCACCACCACCGCCGGGCCUGCUCCUCCUAUUCCCGUCACCGCCGGGGCCCGACAUGGCCCGAGCCUCGCAGCUUCUCACCGCCGCCUGGAGCCAUCGCCGAAGGAGGGACCGGCGGCAGGUCGGCUAGGCCCGGGAUAGGCCUCGCCACAUUCCUGGAGCAGGGAGCGUGCCCUCCUCUCAGCCCGGGAUCUGUCCGUGUAUCUGUGAGGCCCAGGCCGGCCUGUAUCCCCGGGACACUCUCAGCCUCCCCCGACACCAGGCCCGGCGGCCCCGGACCCCCACAGCCGGUGUGUAGGAGGGGGGUUGAUCCCCCUGGGGGAGCUCUGUGCGAUCUGUUACCCCUCUCCCAGGAGCUGGGCUUGCUGUGUGUAACCCGGUGCUGAGCCCUCUGCUCCUUCCCGGGGAGACACCACCAUCAUCAUGGAGACCAAGACCAUCGUGUAUGAUCUGGACACCUCUGGGGGGCUCAUGGAGGUAAGCUGAGUUUCCAUAGGGGGGGAGAAGGGGGUGCACUCAUUAAAAUGUCUUUCUUUAUGUUCACAUGUCAAUCCUUGUGCACAAUGUGUUCUUCCAAUAAAGACAUUACAGAUAUGCACCUACUAUUGUGCAGAGAUGUUUCUUUGAAUAGGCAUCUCCAGUCCCAGAGGGUUUGUGUUUGCACAUAACCUGCCCCUUUCUUUUGAACAUUGAGGGGUAAAAUGCAAUACCACACGUUGCAUCCCCCUCCUUUUUUUUUUUUUAAAUUUCGUGUUUUUGUUUUUUAAAGUCGCAUCCUAUAGAUUUCUCUGUGGUUUAAAGCUUGUAGUGCUCUGAGGUUCUGUGUUGUUGUUGUUGUUGUUAUUAUUAUUAUUAUUCAUCUUUGUUGCAAGCCCACACUUCAGUUUGUAGGAAGGUUUUGCAGCUCUGGCCUCCCUGGUUUAUAAGAAAGGUGGGAGGAGGCCACAUUCGUAGUGCUGUCUGAUUUGGUGCCAGUUGCAGCUUGCUUCUUACUAUGCUGUGUAUAUGGAAUAAGCGCUCAUGGAAGAGCUUUUUGUAUGUUUUGAGAGUGAAGAUCAAGCUAAGUCAGAUGUAGAGUAGAUUGUAGAUUUCAAUCUGUGUGGACACCAGGACCAAGGUUGCAGUUUGUGAAUCGACUUUUACAGAGGUUUCCUUUAUAAAGCUAAGCAAUUGAUAGGGUGAAACAUAGAGAGAGGGGGGGAGUUGGCUUGCAAAGGUUUAUAGUGCACAGUAUCUGCAUGUGCAUUUUCUUCGCAUUUCUUUAGUCACUGCCAGAAUGUUUAAAAGCAAGUUGUUCCAUAGCCAUACCUUAUGCAGUCUGUAUUGCUAUUGUUAAGGUGGGGGGAAAAGAUCCAUUGUUUGAACUACCAGGCACUGCUUCUUUGAAAGAACAGUUUGAUACCUUUUUCUAAAUAAUGUACUCCUCCUGCCUUACCUCAACCAGCAAAUCCAAGCCUUGUUGGCUCCCCCGAAAAGUGAAGAAGGAGAGAAGAAAAGCAGGAAGCCUGAGAAAGAGCCCAGAAGAAGCGGAAGAGCAACCAAUCAUGACAGCUGUGAUAGCUGCAAGGAAGGUGGUGAUCUGUUGUGUUGUGACCAUUGCCCGGCUGCCUUCCAUCUCCAGUGUUGGUGAGUGUUGCAGACAAUGGGCGGCACUGUUGCUCCCUCAUUAGGUUUUUCUUUAGAUUGCCAGCAUAUUGGGUACCAAGUUGUUUCCUUUACAAAGGGGCCGAUAUAUUCCCUAGCAUCUGUGUACUAAAUAUCUUCUUCGACCUUUUAGAACAUAGGGUGGUGGCUGUGCUCCUCCCUUUUCCUUGUGAUACAUAGUAUUAUGCUUCUACUUAAGAACGUGAUAUAUUUAGAUAACCUAAGGCUGGAUCUUUUUGUUUGUGUGUGGGGGUUUUUUUUGUUGCUUUUAUUUGUUUAUUUUUUCCUCUAAAUGGAUGAAGCAUUGCCUGCCGGACUCAUUGAUUUAGUGAUGAAUUGCCAUCACGGUUUAUUACAUGAAUGAAAGUAACAAAUCAUAGCUUGUUUAUUGCACUCUGCUUUAUUAAAUGGCAUUUCACAGAAAUAGUGAAUUCCUAGAAAUAGUGGCUAUUGUUCUGACCACUGAGAGGGUUGUUUAUGCAUGAAUCCAUUGAUCUGCUUUAAAGGUUUACGUAUUGAAUGCUGUAUGGUAUACAGCAGUAUUGGCUAACCUCGCUACCCAGAGACAUACCGAGUGUUCUAUUGUCAGUGAUGUGGGUAGGCACAAUCCUUUGCAUACCCAAUGCAAUUGCUUAGUUUCCCCAAAAUGAUGAGCUGUUGUGGGCUAUGCAACCCAUGAUGCUGAGCCAGCCAGUUCCCUGGCUAAAGACUUGACAAAGAUAGUGCACAACAACUGCAGUGACAAAUAUUAGAGUUAAUUAUUUUAGGUAUGCAUUCUAGCAAACUGUUAAUUUUAGAGCCUCUGCUUUUAUUGUUAUUCAGUUAUUUCCUAUCAUGUGUGAGAUUUUAUUUUAAAAUAAAUUUGAUUCCCAACUGUAAUUUUUGUUCUUUUAGAAAUCACUCAUGUGCAAACAAGCAGCACAGCCAAAGUUGUGAAAUGAUUUAUGGUUACUCUGUAAUAAUAAACCAUCAUAAACCUCUAGUUUGUGACUGCUUUUUGCUACUUUUAGAUACCUCAGUGGAAGCUAUUCUCUUUGUCAGUUUGUGAAGGUGCACUGUGCGUGUCUGUCAUUAAUCUAUGCAGGCUUUAUCCUUGUUGAAGUAAUAAGGAUCAUGUUUGCCUUUCACCACGUAGACCUCAUUACAGAUUCCUCUUCCAUUAAUAUCAAGCUUCUCAGUGUGUGAGAGCUGGACUGAAGCUCCUUGGAUUUAUUAGUAGGCCAGCAACAUGUUGGACUCUGGGAUGGAAAAGCUCUUUACCUGACUCUUUUUAACCCCUUAAGGACCCAUUAAAGGUGUGACAUGUCAUGAUUCCCUUUUAUUCCAGAAGUUUGGUCCUUAAGGGGUUAAAUAUUUCCACCUAGUGAUGUUUGUCACACAGAUAUGUGUACUCUGUGUCCAUCUUCGUGUUACAAAAUAGUGACAUUUAUAUUUCCCCUUAGAACAAACUAUAAUUCCAACUGUUAUAAGUCUUUUUAAAAAACAAGUUCAGUAGUGCUUGGAAUUGUGCCAGCAUUGUUGAAGGCCCACAUCCCUCUCCUAUUUAAGGAAUAUGGUUUAUGUCUGGUAAAUUCUAGAGCUCUAUAGCCAUUGGAUUUGACUUGCACUGUAGCGCUUUUAUGUAUUUAUAUGUUUACUUGGUAAACAUUUGCAUCGUAGCCCUUUGUAUUUGAUUGGUGCACUUUUAUGUCCUACUUUCUACUUUACGUUUACACUACAGUACUAAAAUAUAUAUAUAUUUUAUUUUUUUAGUCUGGCAUUGUUGCAAGAAAGGGUGGGUAUAAAAAAAAGAAAACAAAAAAAACCUUGUGACCCUAAACAUUUUAGGCCUAGAAAUUUUUUAUUUAUUUAAUAUGGAUUACAUAGCUCUUAAAUGCAUAUAAAACAUCAAUUACAUGUAGAGAUUGUAAGCGAAGGAUAUCUAAAUUGUAAAGUUAUGUUCAUUUAUUAAUACAAAUUUUACAAAAUCAUUUACUUAGUGUAUACAGAAUUAUUGGGGCAACAUGAUUUAAUAGAUUAUGUGCUAUCCAUUUUCUUACAAUAUCUGUUCAAGUCAUAAAGUCAGGAAUUAUAUUUUGUCAAGUACACUAUUGAUUAUAUGAAGUACCAAAUACCUUGUUUCUGAGGAUCUUUAAAGAAAGUGAAAGUGUUUUUAGAAACCGUUUUAUAGAAUUGUCUUUGUGUUGACCAUAAUGCCUUCAACCAGUAUAUAUAACUACAGCAUUUGUGUGUAAUGGGGCUUUACAGGUUGCAAAUCCAACCUGCAAACAAUCCUUGAAUAAUUCUUGCUGUGUUUUAUGUCCAAUCUUUCACUUUCAUGAUUGCUAGAAUGCAGCUAUAAAGAUUGACCUUCAACAAUUGCAUCAUGAGCUAGGGUCUUUUAUGCUCGCUGUGCAACGGGAUAGAGUGGGGCCCAGGCAGAGAAGUUAAUUUAUUUUCUAGGUGUAAAUUAGCAGUGGAGCACAUGGUUUGGUAAGUGACUUUGUUGGUUUUACAUUUUUGUUUUCAAUGUAAAACAAAAAUUAGCCUGUAUCUAUGCAGACUUGGGAAUACAAUGGAAAUAAAAGCUUUGCUGCUCCAUCGAUUAUUUUAUGCUGAUCCUUCAACUAUUACAUUGUUCAGCGCUAAGGAAUUUGAUGGCGCUAUAUAAAUAAUAAUAAUAUACCAGCCCAAAUAUGUAAACCAGCAUAAUCACAACCGGCCAGCUUGAACACUUCAAGAGGUGUUUUUUUUUUGUUUGUUUUUUUACUUCAAUAAAUUAUUUUUAAAAAUGAGCUAAAGCAUAUGACAAAGAUAUGACAAAUCCCAGGUCGCCAUGGCAAAUAGGAAUUUUGUCCUGACUCCUGAGUGUUUGUCAGCCCGGCGGAGUGCUGAGCCAUGCGGCAAGGCUGCAGAAAUUUUCCUGCAGUUCGUGCUCUAUGCCCUGCUGUGGUGCUGGGAGAUAGAAUAUGAUGUCCCUAAAGCGCUUGCGGAAGAGGUUGAAGAUUAUUCAAGCCCCACUGAACCCCAGGAAAAUGAUCCACUCCAACUCUUCCAAAUGUAGGGAGCCUGUGUGGAUAAAAAUUAAAAUGAAGAAAAUGUGUGCAUCAGUGUGUCUGUUUAGGUUACCUGCCCCCCUUCCAAUUGCAUGGGAAAGGUGUUUUUAGUUACGUAUUUUCCUACGCCAUGCUGGUCUCGCUGUGGCUGUUACCAUCUCUAUGGCUGAGAUCAUCAAUCUUGAUGAUCUUAGCCAAGCCAGUGCCUUUCUAUAGGAAAACAUUGGGAAGCUAUUGCGCAUGUGCGACAAAACGCUGCACUGUGCCAGUCAGCAUCUCCUUAUAGACAUGCAUUGAAUCAAUGCAUAUCUAUGGGGAUUAAUCAGCGCUUCCAUGCAGAGAGGGGAGGUAUUGAAAGUAGGUGCAUCACACUGUGCAACACUGGACUAGGAAUCGUAUCUAGUGGCUAUCCGACUGAUGUCACUAGAGGUGUUACUAGGCACCAAUGUAAACACAGAUUUUUCUUUGAAAAGGCAAUGUUUACAUUGAAAAGCCUACAAGGACAGGAUAUAGACACCAGAACCACUACAUUAAAGGAUCACUAUAGUGCCAGGAACCCCUCCCGCCGUGCUCUAGGGUGAGGAAGGGGUUCUCCAGCGCCGGGCGGGGAGCUCUCCUCCUCCUCUUUGGCUGAGUGCGCAUGCGCGGCAGGAGCUGCGCGCGCAUUCAACCAAUCUCAUAGGAAAGCAUUCAUAAUGCUUUCCUAUGGACACUGGCGUCUUCUCACUGUGAUUUUCACAGUGAGAAGCACACAAACGCCUCUUGCGGCUGUCAAUGAGACAGCCACUAGAGGCAAACUGCUAUGUUUAUAAAAAAAAAAGGGGGGGGGGGGGUUAAUCCUAGAGGGACCUGGCACCCACACCACUUCAUUAAGCUGAAGUGGUCUGGGUGCCUAGAGUUCUCCUUUAAGCUGUAAUGGUUCUGGUGGUUAGUGUCCCUUUAAGAAUUGUAUUUUUGUCAUUGAAAAUGAAACUUUCUUAGUUUUAAAUAAACUGGCUCCUAACUUUUUAUAGCUGGCUCCUAGAUUCCAAGCAAAUUUGUCAAGCCCAAAGCUAAUGGUUUACAGAUUGUGUGAAAGAAAAAUGUUAAGAUCACACAGCAGCCUGAAUAUCUGGCCUACUUAUAUAAAAAGCUGUGGUCUGGCAUGGGUUCAUCAACACAGUAUUUUAAUAUAUUUGUUCAUAUGACACCUUCUACCUUUUGUAAUAUAGGUUAUUUGAUAAUAACACACUGAAGGGUGGUGACAGAGGCAGGAAAUGUUUCAAUACAGUUUACUAAACAUGUAAUUGCUUCUGUGGAAAGUGCUAUUUCCUAGUCUGUCAUUUGGGAGACCCAUAUUUAUUCUGUUUUUCUGGGGCAUUGUAUAUUAUACAGUUUAAUGCAUUUCCUUUUGGAGUGGUUUUGCAUAAUUAAACCAGCCUGGUCAUUUCCAGGAUUAUAGAACUAGUAAAACAAAUAUAUUAUGUCGAUAAGUUAAAUAUAUUCUCUGUUUCAGUUUAUUUUGCUUAUAGGUAGCAGGAAAUAUCAAUCUUACAUACACUUUCUUUUUCCCAGUAUCAGCCGGUUAUUAAACAGUGUCUUACUGAGCUAUAUUUUACUUUCAAAGAAAUCUGAUUUAAAAAAAAAAAUAAAAAAAUGAAAUUGCUUUGUAUUCCUACUUUUUAUUGCAGAUAAGACAAAAUCUGAUGUUUAUCUCAGACUGUGGUAGGUUUAAUGACUUGUUCAGGGUUAUUUAAACCCCAGGGAUUUGUGGUGAAAUGAUAUCAGAUGUAGACUAUAUUUUGUCUACAUGUUGUUUAAGAGUGACCAUCUCAUCUGAGUUAAGCAUGGUUAUAUAACUCCAUAAUGUUGACCUGCAUGUUAAGUCGCCUAUAGAGUUGCCAAACUCACUGUUUAGUAUAGCUGUGUGAGAGUGCCUUUAACUUCUAGAAAAUGUUCAAAGCUUUUCAUAAUUCCAGCUCAAUUGGUGUCAUAUUCUGCAUUUUUUGUGAACCUUAUUAAAAUAAAGCAAAGCUAGCCUAAUAUUACAGCAGAUUUCACUUAAAGGAGCACUAUAGGGUCAGGAAUACAAACAUGUAUUCCUGACCCUAUAGUGUUAAAACCACUCUGUGGCCCCCUUUGCCUCCCUAAAGAUAAAAUCUUACUUGUAUACAAGUCUGAAGCUGUUUCCUCUGCCUGUGAACUUCCUUUGACAUCAUCAGAAGUGGUGGCCUGAUCCAAUCACAAUGCUUCCCCAUAGGAUUGGCUGAGACUGACAAGGAGGCAGAUCAGGGGCAGAGCCUGCACAAUUCAAACACAGCCCUGGCCAAUCAGCAUUUCCUCACAGAGAUGAAUUGAAUCAAUGAUUCUCUAUGAGGAAAUUUCAGUGUCUGCAUGCAGAGGGAGGAGAUAUUGAAUGUUUGAAUGCAUUUUAGGCAGCCAUGACCCAGGAAGAAUCUCUUAACAGCCAUCUGAGGAGUGGCCAGUGGAAUGAUCACUGGGCUGUAAUGUAAACACUGCAUUUUCUCUGAAAAGAUAGUGUUUACAGCAAAAAGCCUGAAGGUAAUGAUUCUACACACCAGCACAAAUUCAAUGAGCUGUAGUUGUUCUGGUGACUAUAGUGUCCCUUUAAGCUGAUAGUUUUGCUUGUACAAUACAAUAGUAUAAUUAUGUGAAACAAAACCAAACAUUUUUCGGUUCUGCAAGAAAACAAUAUUUCUGCGACAAAUUGCUUUGUAGCAUCUUUUAAUAUGCUUAGUGGGCACAAGUUUAUUAAAAUUAUGUGGACUGUCGGCAAGAUUAUCAACUACUUUAAAUGUUGCAUUAUUGUAUGUGCAUAGUUUUAGGGAAGAGACCUUUUCUGUGUUAAUUGCCACCACUAAACUUUUAGGCUAUGUUCUUUAAAGAGGGCCUACAAAAAAAAAAAAAAAAAAAUGGUUCUGUUAAUUUUGUGACUAGCUGACUUCCAGUAUAAGGUCUGUACAUUACAGCCAAAUCCUUUAGUACAAUACAUUCAAAUUAAAACUGUAGUUUGGCAAGUGCCAGCAAUGAUGACGGAGUCUGCAGCGAGAAACUGUAUUAGACUAGUUACCCAAUGUGACCUCUGGGAGCUGCCUUGGUUUCAGUGCUGUUAAAGAUUGCUCUCUAAGCAUACACAAGGAGAUAAUAUGGCACUCAGCACAGUCGGUCAGUAAGAAGGUCAAGAAUGGACUGCUGUAUAUUUCUCAAUAGUAUUUUGUUAGACCUUUCACAUGUUCUUAUAUAUUGCCACUGCAUUUUAAUUUCUUGGAGGGACAAAGCGAUUUUAUAAAAACAUACAUAUGGGUAUAUCACUAACCCUUUUUGAUUAUCUCUUACUGUGGUAUUUAGAUUAUCACUUUAUAUAGUUCUGGUGAGUAUAAUGAUUCCAUUUAGGCCUUUUGCAGUAAACACUGUCUUUUCAGAGAAAAGGCAGUUUUUACAUUAAAGCCUAGGGAUAACUCCACUGGCCACUCCUCAGAUAGCUACUAGAGGUGCUUCCUUGGGGCAUUGCAGUGCCAUUAAGUGUCUCCACCCACUGAACUUUCCUCAUAGAUAUGCAUUUAUUCAAUGUAUCUUUAUGAGGAGAUGCUGAUUGGCCAGGGCUGUGUUGGCUCUGCCCCUGAUCUGCAUCCUUGACAAGCGCAACCAAUCCAAUGCUUUCCUAUGGGAAAGCAUUGCUAUUGGCUUUGAUAAACAUUUCUGAUGAUGCGAAGCAGGCAGAUCGGGGCAGAGCCAGCAGCAGCAGACUGGGGUAAAAGUAAGAUUUUUCACUACAUUUAGGAGGGCGGGGGGAGGUUAGAUUUUUUUUUUUUUUUAAUAGUUCUGAGUUGUGUACAAUCUACAAUGAAAAUAUGUUUCAUAUGUGAAAUCAUUCAUUCUUAGUACAUUUCUUAAAGGAGCACUCCAAGCACCAUAACAACUGUAGUGUGUUAUAGGGAUUAUGUUGUGAGGAGUGCCCCAGCAAUGUAAGUAGUCAAAUCAUAUUAGAAUAUUUUGAUUUGUUACCUGGGGUCUGCCAAGCACCACUCUUCCUUUUUGGAGAGCCGGAAACUCCUACUAGAAGUUUUCUUUAACUAAGACCCUGUUGUGGAAGUCCAGCUCAUUGGCUGAGAGUGUCACCUGAUUGUUUUUAGCCAAUGAGCUAAGCCCUGCACACUCUGGGUUAGGCAGAGAAGCAUUUGGCGGGCCCAAAGUAAGAGGUCAAAUUAUUACAAAACUGUUUGGCUGCUUACAUUGAAGGGUGCCAAUGCACUUCUGGCACUAUAACUGCAACAGCAUGCUGUGGUGGUUAUGGUGCUUUGAGCUUUCUUUUAAUCUGACUAAAAAUUCUAAGGUUUGUCAUAAUUUGCUGUGAGUAUAUUCAGUCAUCCUUUUAUUAUAAUAUACACAAUUGGGGGUCUGGGGACCUAAAUAGUUUAACACUAUGUUGUCAAGAAUACAUGAAUGUAUUCCUGACACUAUAAUGUUCCUUUAAGUGAUAGUGUUUUGUCUAUUUUGUUUUAAAACAUCGGGUGUGGAUAUAGACAAAGGUUUUAAGUGUGUGUAUAUGCAUGUGUCUUUAACUAAGACUGACCACAUUAUGCCUUCAUUACAAGCUUAGCUGGAAAGACUUUAUAUAAUCACGUGUGCUGGAGGAUAUUAAGUCCCAGAAGUACUUGAGUGCUCCAUAGAGUUUCAUCAUUAAUAGGCCCCCCAAACAAUGGAGAAUAAAAAUAUCAGACAAUGUGUGUGUGUAUAUAUAAUCUAAAUUAAUUUUAUAUGUAUGUAUGUGUAAAAAAACAGAUAAAAUUUGUAUCUUGUAAUGCCUGUUUUAUGGGACUAACAGAAUUUUUUUAAUGACAAGCUUUCAGGAGAACCUCCCUUUCUCAAGUCUAAUGCAUUUCUGAGCAUAACACAUAUAAUUCAAAGUUGAGUUGUGAUACAGGGGUUAAAGCGACAUGAAUGCAGAUAAGACAAAAGUUUGAUAGAGAAUAGACACCAUUGUUGCAGAGGGUCUUAAAUAUCUUGUGUGAAGGGGGGGAGAGAGGAAAAAAAGCAAGCACUGCAGAAGAUGUUGCUAGAAGGGGAGAGUAAAAAUAUUAAAAAUAAUUACUUAUAUUAAGAAUGCAUGAAUUUCCAUCCAAGAGUACAUGUAUUCGGGCAUUUGGUUGUAUUUAUAUGUAUAUUGUUAUAUGUACUUGUGUAUAUGUACAUAUGUGUGUGCAUGUCUGUGUAUGCUGGAUAUAGGCCUUCAUGCAUAUAUUGUAACUCUUGGAUGGGAAUUCAUACAUUCUUAAUAUAAGUAAUUAUUUUUUUUUUAUAUUUUUACUCUCCCCGUCUAGCACCAUCUUCUGCACUGCUUGCUUGUUUUUUGUUUUUUUUUUGGGUGGGGGGGAUUUGUUUCUCUCCCUCCUCACUCCGUGAUCGUCACACAAGAUAUUUAAGACCCUCUGCAACAAUGGUGUCUAUUCUCUAUCAAACCUGUCUUAUCUGCACUCAUGUCGCUUUAACCCCUGUAUCACAACUCAACUUUGAAUCCUAUGUGUCGUCUUGCUCAGAAAUGCUUUAGACUUGAGAAAGGGAGGUUCUCCCGAAAGCUUAUUAAAAAAAAUUUAGUCCAAUUAAAAAGGUAUUACAAGAUACAAAUUUUAUGUUUUUUACAUCUGCAUCACCGGACUAAUACGGCUACAAUCUCCCUCUCUAUCUAUCUAUCUAUCUAUAUUAAAAAAAUAACAUUCUCUGUAUGCUGCCGGUCCAUCAUCUACCUCUUGGCAUGACCAAGCCCUUUUCCAGAUUUGAACACAAUGGAAAGAUGUACUCAUUAAAUCGCUUUUAUGCAGGUAUAUUUUCUAGAUUUACUAUAGUAACCUGUUCCAAAUUCACUUCAACUUGAGUCGUCACAUGUUAAAGAUGUGCUAUCCAGUAAGUCCCAGCUGGCUUUGCUAGAUCAUUAAUUAUUCUAAAUAACAACUGGGCGAUUUCUAAUCGCGUUAUGGAAGCAUCCUGUUACGGUUUUGAAAGUGUUUUGUUUGUUUGUUUCAUCUGAUGGUAUAAAUUGCCUUUAUUCCAGAUUAUUUCUUUAGCACAGGGUAUCAAAUCAUCUCUGAAAAGAUUAAAGGAUCACUAUAGUUUCAGGAAAACAUAGCGGUUUUCCUGACACUAUAGUGCCCUCAGGGUCCCCCUCCCUUGGUGCUGAAGGGGUUUAAACCCCUUCAGCCACUUACCUUAAUCCAGUGCCGGGAUACCUCGGCGCUGGUGACCUCUUGUCCCUGUCUGACGUCACUGGAGCCGCAUGCGCGGCAAGUGUCGCGCGCAUUCAGAGUGUUCAUAGGAAAGCAUUUCUCAAUGCAUUCCUAUGGAUGCUCUGUGCAAUGGAGGUGAAAUACGUCACUUUAAACUUUUGGACCAAAUUUUAAGUGGGGGUAGAGGAGGGGGUUGUCACCCUUCAGGAAUUGUAAUAUUAUGUUUAGUUAUCCUUCGUGUAUCUUUAAAAAAAAAUAUAUAUAUAUAUAUUUAUUUAUUUGGGGGGGAGGGGGGGGGGAGACUGUUCUUCUCUGUUCAAUGGUGCUUGAAAGGAAGUUCAAAGUUCCUCUGGUCUGGCUUAUUUCAAAGUAGUGAUAUGCUGUAUUUCUAGGCCUCAAAAAUAUGCACCUGGAAAUGCUGCAAAGGAAAAUCUAUAUGUCUUUAGUGGUUUCAAUGUACAGAUUAAAUCUUCUUCUACUUAUGUUUAUUUAUUACUGGUAUUUUUAAAGCGCCAACAAAUUCCGCAGCGCUGUACAAUUAAUGGAGAACGUACAAUAUACACAGACAAAUACAAGAGGUAGAGAGAGCCCUGCCCGUAAGCUGAUAUCUAGCCAUUGGAGCUCCUUUUAUACAAAGUGCUUAGCUAGAUGGUCCGUAAGCUUACAAUCUAAAGGAUACAAUGGGGAUUUGAGACAAGAGGUAGCAGGGAAAGUUUGGAGGUGAUGGCUGAAAGAGUUAACAGAGAAGUAGCUAUUGGUAAAAUACAAAGGGAAUGAAGAGGUAAUUGAGUGAGUGAGAAUCUCAAACAGCUGGAGGAGCAUGCUAUAUAUUUAGGGGGAGCCUGGGUGGGUGGGGAGAAAAAAAAAUGCAGUGCUUCACGGAGUUUGAGUGUGAAGUGAGGCCUGAAGAACAGAGGAGAUUGAACAGUUAUAUGAAAGUAUUUACAGCUGGGAGGAGAAUAGGAAAGAGGGUGAGGCAGAGGAGGAGGGUAGAGUAGCCAUGUGUUGGAUACUAUUAAAAAGUUUAGCAACCAAAUUCUAUCACCCAAAAUAUUAACUGUGUACAUGAAAUAUUGGUCAGAAACAUUAAAUGGCAAUAGUACAAACUGCAUGCACAGAAAAUUACAGUGGCAAACUACAGGUAUCAAUGGUAACAAAUCUAUAGUAACACAUGAGAAUAUGAUAGCAAUCCAAGAAUAAAUGAGGUGGAGUAUCUUACAAGAUUCAGUCAGUACCUGAGAGUGGUAGGAUUUUCUGCAGGAUGUUAAAUGCAGAGCUUCACUGAGUUUGAGUGUGAAGUGAGACCUGAGAGUGGUAGGAUACACUCUAUGGGGUGUUUGCUGCCCUGGCACUUAGAAGAUUAGUAGGUACUUUGAAAAAAAGAGAAUAGUCUGUGAAUGCAGUCUGCUUACUGUAGUGGUAUAGUGCUUGAAGUGUUUCUUUACAGAUGUUAGUUUGUGAAAUAACCUUGUCCAGGCUAGUGCUUGAGUAUUUGAUUAUCUAAAGUCUCCCAAUGCUGGUACCUUUUUAGACUGGAACAGUCUAGUUCAUGUUGGCAUGAUCAUUCUAGACUUGGAGUCUGCACCAAGUGGCGGCCUGCCAACCUUCGAAAUUAAGACAUUAGGGACACUCUGGCAUUUCUCACCACAGGCGGGCACUCCUUUUGCACUGCAGAUAUUUGUGUAUGGUUUUUGCCAGGAUAUUCCUACAGUAAUCUGGCUGGCUGAGCAUCUUGGGAAAUGUUCUUCUGCCUACAGCUGUAGUGCCCGCCGUUUGCAGAUACUAGCACAGCUCCUGUCUCUUUCAACCAUUGCUCUGUUAUCUUUGCUUCUGCUACAAGUCAUGACAUAACCAGUGCGACUGAGAUGUUCUCCUUCCUGGUUCUAUGUGAAAGAGCUUGUUUGUCACAAGGUUGGCGUGGAAAGCCAGGAUUAAAACAAAGUCUGCUUUAUUGUAUAGCUUCAAUCAAAGAUCUGAAUUGCAUUGGCUUUCAUUAGAUUCAGGUGGUGGCAAUUUUGGUAUAGGAGUCAACAAAUGUCGGAAAAUUUGGAGUCACUGAUUUUUUUUUUUUGAUUUUUUUUUAGAUUCUUUUUUUAAAAUUUCUCUAAGCUAAGGAAGGUUAAACAUAAAAUUUGGGUGUCCGCAGUAUCCUCUUUAGGGCACUGACUUUUAGAAUUUGUUGAGCAAUCUUUAAAACCUACUCAUAACACUUAAAAGGAUGUGUAGCAGGUGAAAGGCACAUUCUGUUGGAUUCAAUCACAAAAAUGGGCUUUGAGUCUGAUCACAUCAGAAUACAUGCUCUAUCGUUUUACUACUAAGAUUAGAAAAGCUGUGAGUCCCUCUGUUAAAGUUUAUAUUUUGUCCUAAUUGUCGUUAAUUGCAAAUCAAAGAUUUUGACCCCAAAACUAACACUUUUGUAACUUUCUGAAUAGACUGUAUACACACUUCGUUUAAGAUAGCUGAUUUGUUUUUGUCUUUUUUGUUUCUUUUACUCCAUAUAACUCACAACCUGAAAACCAAUAUAAAGAUCCUCCAAAUUAAAGGAAUAAUGAAAUCCAGUAUGGGUACUUCAAACAGCAGCAAUAUUUUUGCCUACUUACAGUUGUAAAAAUAAAACUGAGUAGCACAAACCCAAUGAACUUUUCUUUGUAUUUAUAAAGAGCAAAAAAACAUGCAUGAACCAGACAGUCUUGUUUGCAAAUGAUAAGGCGUGGAGUUGCCACAGAUACGUGUGGAACGUUUCUGUGGGAUAAGUGUUUUGCGUAAGAAAGGUUUACUCAUUCUUGUGAUUUGUAUCUGACCAGCUAUUUCCUGCCUUCAUGGCAAUCUAUCAAGCCAAGUCAUGCCUGUGGGUAGGGUAUUUCCCAUCUAUAUGGUGGUUAGAGAUCAUGUUCUGUAUACAGUCUGCAUACUCUGCAACCAAAUGGAUAUCUGACCUGCAACACCAGGAUAGGUUACACAUUGAACAUUUAUGUAGACAAGGCAACAUUUCGACCACCCGCUGGGUGUUUACCAAACUUUAUUCCCAAAGUCCACUGUUGCUCCAUGGAUUAUCAGUUAACUUCUUCACUAACGAGUGGUUUGCAUAAAUAAACCAGAAUGCUUAUUUUGGGUAUCCUGGAAAGUAAUGUUUAAAUGUAUUUUUUAGUUUCAGUAUGCCAAAAAUAGCACAUUAUUUAAUGGAAGCAAAAAUUUAAAAAAUUAGCACAGAAACAGUGUUAGAAAUAAUUCACGAAAAUGGAGUUAAAGAUGAAACAAUUUAGUAUAAUAUGUUGCAUACGUUGCCAAUAUCAUAUCACACUCAUGUAUAUACACACUUUGUUACAUGCACACAUACAUACUCACUGAUACAAUUGCCAGAAAGAAUAACACAUGGAUAUUCAGUGACACAUACAGACCCACAUUCUCAGGCACACACAGUGUCAGAAACACUAAUGCAAAAACACUCAAACACCAAAAUACACAGUCACGCAAACAUUUACUUUAGGGGUGUAGUGGUGAUAGUGUGCUGCUGUAGCCUCAGACAGUCUCAGCACUUACUGAUUCCCUUCCGCAUUAUGUGAAGUGUAGCUUCACAUAGUAAUGAAGGUGAGAAAUCUGUCUGACUGCCAGUCUCUCGGCACACUUAAUGCUCUAACCCUGCUAGCCCUCUCAGGUUACCUUCUUAUCUGGGAGGCAGGAUGGUUGGCAUCCCCAUAUCAGCCACACUCCAAUUGCCUCCCUCUGGGAGGGUGGUGAUGGUCUCUCUGCUCUGCCAGUAGCUCCAGCAGUCUCACAUGUUGUGUUCAUGGAGAACCACUGCAGGAUGUGAUAUCUCCUGUCAUUGCUGUCAAUGAAUACAGGAGAGUGAAGAACAGGCUGCAGCCCUCUCCCCUACACCCAUGCCCCCACUCUGUGCUGUAGAAUUGCCAUAAUGGUUUGAUCUCCGACAAGAACUAAUUUCUGACCCUAUAGUGUACUCGUUUUCCUGGCACUAUAGUGCCCUGAGGGUGCCCCCACCCUCAGGGACCCCCUCCCGCCCGGCUCUGGAAAGGGGAAAGGGGUAAUAACUUACCUUUUUCCAGCGCUGGGCGGAGAGCUCUCCUCCUCUCCGCCUCCGUUACCCCGCCGGCUGAAUGCGCACGCGCGGCAAGAGCUGCGCGCGCAUUCAGCCGGUCUCAUAGGAAAGCAUUUACAAUGCUUUCCUAUGGACGCUGCGUGCUCUCACUGUGAUUUUCACAGUGAGAAGCACGCAAGCGCCUCUAGUGGCUGUCAAUGAGACAGCCACUAGAGGAUUAGGGGGAAGGCUUAACCCAUUCAUAAUUAUAGCAGUUUCUCUGAAACUGCUAUAAUUAUGAAAAAAGGUUAACCCUAGAAGGACCUGGCACCCAGACCACUUCAUUGCUGAAGUGGUCUGGGUGCUAAAUGGUCCUUUAAUGAAGUGAUCUGGGUGCCAGGUCCAGCUAGGGUUAAUUUUUUUUUAUAAACAUAGCAGUUUCAGAGAAACUGCUAUGUUUAUAUUAGGGUUAAUCCAGCCUCUAGUGGCUGUCUCAUUGACAGCCGCUAGAGGGCUUCCGCGCUUCUCACUGUGAUUGCCAGUGUCCAUAGGAAAGCAUUGUGGACUUGCUCAAUGCGCGCGCAGCUCCUGCCGCACUUGCGCAUUCAGCCUAAGAGGAGGAGAGAAGGAGAGCUCCCCGUCCGGCGCUGGAGAAAGAGGUAAGUUUAACCCCUUCCUCUCAAUCCAGCCCGGCGGGAGGAGGUCCCUGAGGGUGGGGGCACCCUCAGGGAACUAUAGUGCCAGGAAAACAAGUGUUUUCUUGGCACUAUAGUGGUCCUUUAAAACGCAGUAAUGUGACGCGGAAGCAGUUAUUUUGUUGUUUGGCUGCUAGACGUGGUAAUAAAGAAUUAAUAAUUAAUACAUGUGCCAGAACAUAGAAAUAUAUGGAAUGCAAAUAUCCACCCCAGGCAUAGAAUGUUUUUUUUUUUUUUAUGUUAUGUUAUAAUUUGGUUACAAAUUACAGAACAUAAUCCAUAACCUAUUGUGAAUUGUGUGGAAUGAGUAAUAUUCUACAUGUACAUUUUUAUCCAAAUGUGUUGAUGUAGAAAAAAAAAGCCCCCCCUUUUUAAAUGCAUUCAGAUUUAAAGUAGGCCCUUGCACACAUACAGUGCUUCACAUUGCAAAAAUGUGACGUUGCAGCAUUGUUUCAUAGAGGUCAGUGCAGCAGAAGCACCUCUAGUGGCUGCCUGGUAGACUGCCACUACAGGUUUGUUUAACCAUGGAAUAUAAAAUGCAUUGUUUUAUAUUGCAAAGUUAAAAUGACAGGCCCACUACACCCAAACCACUUCAUUGAGGUGAAGUGGUCUGGAUGACUUUAGUGUUUGUUUAAGGAAUGUGACCUUUAAUUCAGAGCACUAUAGAAUGCCUCAACAUUUGAGAACGUAUUCCACUACUAUGAUAAGCAAUAUUAAUCUUGUAAAUGUAUAGCAUACACUAAGUGCUUUUACUUGCCUUAAUCCAAAAAUGCACUAUACUCUCCAUUUGUAUGUGUGGGAUUUUAAAUUGUGCGUGCAAUACCCUAAUGGCAUGUUUCUCCUUCCUGAAAUACAAUUGUCUAACUUGCACUUGCCAAUUUCCUUAUUGUGUAUAGCUACAUUUUAGAUGACAUUAUAUUGCAUUUUAAAGUAUUUUGAUCACAUCUGUGUCACUGUAUUAUAGCUAUGUUUUUCUUUUUGUGAAAACUGUACUAUGUAAUCAACACUCAAGCAAUUUGCCAAGUUCCUUUAUCAGCUAAAUUUGUGGAUCUUAACGUGCAUAUUUCACAAAUACCUUUAAUUUAGAAUGUAAGAAAAUGUCAUUAUUUUUUUGGGGGGGUUUAGUUUGUAGAGAAGUAAUCAAUUGAUGAAACUAACUUGUACGUAUUACUACCCAGGGGAUCUGAAGUCUGAACAGCUUUUUCAGAGACACAUUAUUUAAGUGUUUAAUAUUUCUGCUUCAUGUCACAUUAUCAAGUCAAGGAAUUAGGAUUAAACUUGUCCCAUUGUGAGUAUACUGCCAAGCAGGUUCAUCACUGAAUCCGUAUUGGUACCCAGCCAUGCAGAAUGAUAAGAAUGCCUCCUAUGCAUUUCUAUUUCUUAAAGGAUGACUGACCACACAGCAAGUGAAGGAAUCACAUACUCACCCCCCCCCCCCCAUUUAUAAAUUAUAAUAAUAAUUCAUGCCUUUAAAUAUGGAGUAGUAUACAUUGUAAAGAAACACUAUAGCUUUAUGAACACUAGUCUGUAUUCCUAACACGAUAGUGCCGUUUAUAUUUAGGGACCCUUUUUGCAAACUACAAAUUGUUUUUUAAAAAAAAGCUUUUAACUUGCAAUUUUCCAGCACUAAGGUUCCUUCAGUACUGCUGACUCUCAGAAUGUCCAAUCCGGUGUUCCUUAUAGAGAUACAAUGGGGAUGGGGUGUGCAGUAAGUGCAUUAUUUAUAUAUCUAUUUAUUUCCACUUUCUUAAUUAAAGGACCACUAUAGUGCCAUGAAAAAUAUAUAUUUAUUUAACACAAACGAUAAUAAAUAUAUUCAACUAUGACAGGUGCAUUCUGUGCUGAAAUAUAUUACCAUAGAGCUCUUCAAAGAUUUUAGGUUGAAUGAAGAUAUGUGGAAUGGUGGUUUUUAAUAGUUUGUACUUAGGUACCACUGAAAAUAUGAUAUACAGGUAUUGAAAAAAAAAAAAAACCUUUUAAAUCAGUCUCCAGUGGCUAUCUCUUGACAGCCGCUAGAGGCGCUUGCGUGCUUCUCACUGAGAUUUUCCCAGUGAGAAGACGCCAGCGUCCUAUGAGACUGGCUGAAUGCGCCCACAGCUCAGCCGAAUAGGAGGAGAGGAGGCGAGGAGAGCUCCCCACCUGGCGAUGGAGAAAGAGGUAAGUUUAACCCCUUCCUCUCCAUCGAGCCUGGCGGGAGGGGGUCCCUGAGGGUGACUACAUCCACCAUAAUGCUCUUACACCCAUAAUGCUGGCAAAGCAUCAUGGGAGGUGUCUUCCAAAACAUCUGGAGUGCCGAAGGUUGCCUAUGCCUGGACUAUUUGAUAUUUUACUGAUUCAUUUAAAGGUUCUUUUCUUUUUUUUUUCUUUUCUUUUUUUUUUUUUCUUCAAUGCCUGUAUAUCAUAUUUUCAGUGGUACCUAAGUACAAACUAUUAAAAACCACUGCAAUGAUAAAACCAUUCCACAUAUCUUCAUUCAACCUAAAAUCUUUGAAGAGCUCUAUGGUAAUAUAUUUCAGCACAGAAUGCACCUGUCAUAGUUGAAUAUAUUUAUCGUUUGUGUUAAAAAUAUAUAUAUAUAUAUAUAUAUAUAUAUAUAUAUAUAUAUAUAUAAAAAAUUUCACUCCCUUCCCUCAGCUGUUCAGUCAAUGGGUUGAGCUGUCUGUUCCGGGAUCCGGGCAUUCAUCUCAGAAACAGAGGUAAUUCCCCCCGGUCAUACAUGGAAUGGACUGCCUCUGUAGUGAGUGUAUUCACUGUUGCUGGGGCAACCACAAUGCUCCUAAGUGAUUGGGUGCCCGACGUCUGUUUGUGGGAACUGCUGGGACUCCCAGAAAUAGCCGGCGGGCACCCAAUCACUUAGGAGCAUUGUGGUUACAUCAAACAUAUUUUAGACUUUUAACAAAAGUAGUAAUCACAUUUCUUUCCUUUUUCUUUUCACUCCCUUCUUUUAGAUUGUCCUUCUUUCUACAGCUUUAUACAUACUGUAACCAUAGCAAAUAAAAAAACAUAGAAAAACAAAGUGAAAUCUUUACCUCUCCCUUCCCCAUUCCUUUUUUUGGUAGGAUUUGGGUCUUUGAUAAAUUGUUAUUAAAGGUUAUAACUAUGGUGGUCCGUUUACUUUCACUUGGAUGCUGUAAGUGACCGCUUUAAUAAGCAGUUUUAUACGGUCUCUGCUUCUGGUAUGAUGUGCCCUGUAUGCAGUUGUAUAGUAAUUAAAUUUUUUGAAGCAGCAACAUAUUCUGCCAUAAUAAAAAACCUGGGUAUCACUGGGCAUGAAUGUACCUAAAGUGUAGGUUUAUUUGUGUAGUGACAGCUACUUUUUUUGCACUGCAGCUUUGGUGGGUUAUAUUUUCUAACCAAGAGCACACCUUCCAUAAUUGGGAAAAUUAAACAGUGAGAGAGGGGCAAGCAAAAAAAAAAAAAAAGAUUUUGUGAACAGAGCCCUAAAAGCAAGAUUUUAUCACACACACUUUUUUUCUUUUUUUUUUGUGACCCUAAAAGACUGAAGACUGGGUCAGGACUAAAUUCCCGCUACAUCGGGACCCUUGGAAUUCAUGCAGAACUGAAGCAGAAUUCCAAAGUAACUGCUGCCUUCCCAGUCAGAAAUCUUCAAAUUUGAUUUCCAAUUGUGUGUGGUGUCACAUAGCUAGGGCCAUGUUUAUUUAAACCUCGCUAUACCAUUACUUUUUUAUUUUUGCAAAUUUUUUUUUUUUUUUCUCCCCUCUCCUAAAUUGUGCAGUUUGCUCUUUAGCAGUUUAUUGUGGCAGAUCUUUAGUUUAGUACACUGUUAGAUGCAUGUGGAAGUUUAUUUUUUAUUUUAUUCUUUUUUAAAAAUACUAGGGAAACAAUGCAGAGAGGAGACAUCUUGUGCAAUGAAAGGACUUGUUUGAAAUCUGUUUUUAGCCUUUGCUUCUGAAUGGAGGCCCUCAGGAAUGUGUCUUGGCAAGUGAAAUUACCACCCUGAAAGAUCUGGUAUGAUGUACACGCCACGGCCUGUUGUCGGCAGCGUAGAUUGUGGAAUAUUUAGUCUUAAUCACUGCCUACUACUUUGACUUUUUAUUGACCAUGUGUACAUAUCAAGUGGAAUAUAAAAGCAAAGAAUAAAAUGUAAUGGCUUCAGGAACUAAUACAUUAACAAGAACAGUGCGUGUUUAAUUUCUAUACCACUAUACAUAUUUGAUCAUAACAUAAAAUGGCAGGAAUCAUUCCCUUGUUGCCAUGGCAGCCUAUGGGUUAUAAUUUCACUGUAACAAGGCAAACAAGGUAGAUAGUUUACAUUGAAAUAUGUUUAGGGAGAAAAGCAGUAAACUUAGUGAAAGUUCAGUGCUUUGUAUUGCUGCUUUUUUAUUUCAAUUUAAAUCAUAUCUAAGUAAAUACAUGAGACUUCUUCCCUCAUUUGUCUAUUAUUUACAUAUACAUUGUAUAUUGAGGGGAUAUGACUUAAUAUAAAAUAUAACAUUUGUUUCCUAAUUACAUUUUCCUUUUAAAUAGCAGUCACUUGUGGGUAAAGCUAACAUUGUGAAAUAUGUUCAGUUGUUUCAUCUUAGCUGGUAUACAUCCCAUAGACUUCCUGUAUACACAACUAGUUACAAUGUGUAUUCGUAUUAGUGCUUUUGUACUAAGGUACUAUUGUACUACUUAAGCAACGAAAUAGACUCCAAUGGUAUAUAGAGGACCAGAACCCAGCAAGAAUAGCUGUAAAGAGCUUAAUAUAGUCCUGCUUAAAUUGAAUUUAUUUUAGAAGUAGCCCAACUUUCAUCAGUUGUGUGACUUCUUUGCUGAAUAUCUUUUUAGAGGUACUUCAGGAUAUCUAUAAUAGCAAAGUGUACUUAUAGCUAGUCUAGACCUGCAAUUUUUAAAAAGUACUUUGCUGCCCCGGUAUGGCCAUUAUUGUCACCAUUUUUAUUACUGCAAUCCUACGAAAUCCCCAUGGCCAGCCUUGGAAAAUUUCACUCACUAAACCAUGAACCAGGCUAUGGGUACGCACUUUAGCAGUUACAGUAUGUGUCCAAAAUACUUCUCACCCCAAUCCCUGCUGUGCACUCAUUUAUGGGAUCAAGCCAAGGGAAGUUUUAAAGGGGAGUAUUUAUUUUAAAUACUUCUUUCUGGCAUGAUUUUAUGAGUUCUUUGUAUGCAUAGUUUCCCAUUAAUGAUCAGUUUGGUUUUUUUGCUAUAAAGAGCUGGACUUUCUAGAUACUUAUAGAAAAGAGUACUGCUCAUCUGUGUGUUUCUCUCUGCUUCACUGAGCAGCUUGCUGGGUUUUACAGAAACAGAAAACAGAUGUAAAGGCGUUUAUGCUCACUGUGUAGUAUGUUAUCAGUUUACUUACUAUUUACAGACGGGAGUAAUGUUUGCUUAUGAAAAUCUGGACAGCCACAUGUUGUUGACACAUUUUGUUAGUAUUUUAAGUAUGAAAUGUCUUAUUGUGGGUUAAUUGACAUUUUAGUUUUUAUUUUUAUUUUCCAUUUGACAGUCUUGAUUUUAAUAUUUGUCUUAACAUCUCUUUACUUUUUAUUUUCCAUUUAUAUUUUGGUAUUUUAGAGAUCUUCUGAAGCUAGUAUGGUUUUUAAUGUAUGUGUAUAUUUUAUUUAUAAAAUAUUUUACCAGGAAAGAUACAUUGAGAUUUCUCUCAUUUCAAGUAUGUCCUGGGCCUUUUGCCAAUUUUGUUUGUUUUGUGCAUAUAUUUCGCCAUUGUCUAUAUGCACAGUGAUCAUUCAUACCAAAGACCUGUGAACACCAACCAUGACAACCCAUAAGCAUCAGAUAGGGAAGAGAGCCUUGAUAAAGUCUCUAUAGACGAGCCAAAAUGUUGCUACACCUGGUUUGUUGGUUAUCACCACUGUAGGCUAAUGUGUUCUCAUGCCCUCUGUAUCCACUAGUAAAGCCUGUUCUCCAGGUACCCCUACCAGUGCAUAUCAUUGAUGUAAAGGGUUACUGCAAGCACCAUAACCACCUCAGUGUGCAAUGAUCCUGUAUGUGCAGAUUUUCAGUAUACAGAGAUAUUUAAUAUUGCUGCUGGACUUGUAAUUCCAUGACUGAGCUUUCUGUGCUUGCUAAUGUUUAAUUGUCUGCAUAUUCUACACUAAGGCACCCAACUGAUGCUAUUAGCAAGUGAAUGAAGAGCAGAAGGAGCAUCCGGCUUCUGCAGCUCUGUACUAAACCUUUAACGUACCUGUGUUGAAGCUGUGAGAGCUUGAAUGUUUGGCCGCAUAGUCGAUCUGCUAUUGUAUUAUAAAUAGCAUCAUAACCACUAUAGUCUGUUGUGGUUAUGGUGCUUUGAGUGCUCUAACACCUUCCCAUAGUAAUUUGGCAAACUGUUUAAGAAAGGUUUGACAACUUUCCUGGGUCCCACCAGGCACAUUUAUCAGCAGCAAUCCAGUUUCUAACUUGCAAGAAUGUCCAGUGGCCUCACACUGGACAAGAGGGUCGACUGAGCGGACUCUGUCAAUGAGUGAGGUCCUGUAUUGAACCUGUUUCGCUCAGGGGAGACAUCUGUUAUUUGCUGUAGAACACUGCAUGUGGUGUAGGCCCUCAGAGGACUUAAGUAAAGUUGACUGACUAUUCAAAACCAUUUUGACAAAUAACUUUGUGAAGCUGCAAAAGGCUAUAUUGGUUAUGGUGCUUCUAUUAUUUCUUUAAGUUGUACAUGAAGUGUUUUUACUGCUAUAGCAGUUACAUCAACUGAAAUACAGCACUACUAAAUGUUCAUCCAAGUAUUUGCUGACGUUAGCUUCAUUAAACAAAAUGGUCUUUAUUUCUUUUUUGCCACCUUCUGUUCUUACAUGGAUUGUUCUGGAAGUCAAUAUUUUGUGGGUGUUUUUUUUUAUUUUUUAUUUUUUUAUUCUAGAACUAAAUAAUCUAUUUUUCAUUCUCAUUGUGCAUCAUCUUCUCUUGGAAUUAUUUACUAGCAUGAGUUAGUCCUGGCUUCGACACCACAAGAAGAUCCACUUAGGAGCAGCACACUUUAGGAGCAUUUUAACCCCUUAAGGACCAAACUUCUGGAAUAAAAGGGAAUCAUGACAUGUCACACAUGUCAUGUGUCCUUAAGGGGUUAAUGUGAUUUCCUUUCUGGCACAAUUGAGAUCCCUUUCACUAAAACUAUAAUUCUUGUUGGAAUCCGCCACCGACCUAGCUCUCCGGUGCAGUGUCUUUCUGACAUAGCCCAACUACUAGGUGAAACAGUAGCUCAAAACCAAAAAAGUGAACUGUUGGUUUUUGGAGACUUUAAUAUUGAUUGGCUAAAUUCUAAAAAUAAUCAUGCACACUGUUUAAGACUUUGCAGCUAACACCAUUAAUUUCCUCCCCAAGUCGCAUUAAUAUUAAAAGUCAGAACCAUACCUUGCUUGAUUGGAUUCUCUCCGGCUGUCCUGACAGUAUCCAGGAGGCGGGCGUUCUCCCUAACCAUUUCAGUGACCACGGUCUAGUGUACUUCAUACGCAAAAUAAAGGCCACUAAUUCCCCUCUCAAUAUUAUAAUCACCAGGUCUUUCAAAACAUUUAAUCUGGAAGCCUUUUUAAACGAUCUCAAGAACGUACCAUUGCACAGAUUAGGUCUAAUACCAGAUCUAGACUCUGCAAUUGGAUUUUUCAGUCCGAGCUCUUGCUUGUUUGGAAUUUGCAUGCCCCUCUGCGUAAAGUGCAACUAAAAGGGGCACACCUGCCCUGGGUUACAGCUGACCUCAUUCAAAUGUACCAGUUUAGAAAUUCACUGUUGUCAAAGUUCAAGCGUACUGGCUCCAUGAACAAUCACUGUACUUACAGACAAUGGUGAAAUGCAUGCACAAAACAAACAAAAAUGGCAAAGGCCCAAUAUUUCAGUGAAAAUUUGAACAACCUAUCAAACCCAAGAAACUUCUUGAAAAUUAUAAAUCGCAUACUAACUCCCACAAUCCACUCCCAACCUGCCUAACGUCUGCAAAUCCUCACCUGUACAUGUAUGCAGACGACACUUUAAUCUACACUAGUAAACCCAAGCUACCGCAGCUUGAGGCUGUGCGCCAAAAUCAAUUCAGAGGUAGAAAAGUGGAUAACGGAUAACAAACUCUUCCUAAACACUGACAAAACCGUUACAAUGAUCUUUGGAACUGUACCUAUAUUACGUAAACUACAAAAUCAACAAUUGUGUAUCAGAACAAAUUCAAACGGCACACUGACAGCAGUCUGCUCUUUUAAAUAUCUAGAUAUGUUGCUAGACCUUAAUCUAUCCUUUGUCCUUCACAUUGAAAAAUCUCUUCAAAACGUUGCCCAAAACUAGGUGCCCUGUACAGCUACAAAUCCUGCCUAAGCCCUACAGUUAGGAAACAGUGCAACAAAUGCUAAUGCCGGUUGUUGAUUAUGGGGAUGUAGUGUAUGAGCCCGCACCGCAAACCCACCUUAAUAAACUUAAUACGUUCUAUAAUUCUGCUGCUUUGUACUAGAAUGUAAUUACUUUACCCACCACUGUGACAUGUUAAAAGAGCUAAACUGGCUGUCGCUGGAAUACCAACACACUCCUUUCCAGCCUUGUGCAUAAGAGCAUUUCUAGGAAGCUCCCACCGUACCUGAGUAGAAUGCUCUCCCCGGCUGUUCCCACCUCCUAUAACCUCCGAUCCAGUACUAGCACGAUAUUUAGCACACCGCAAUAUAAAAAUAAAGUGGCUCGAUCCUCCUUUUCCUACAGAGCACCUCAAUUAUGGAAUAACCUCAGGGACACAGUCAAAUCUUCAUUCAAUCUAAAAUCUUCUAAGAGAUCUAUGGCAAUAUACCUCAAUACAGAAUGCACCUGUCAUGGUUGAAUGUAUUUAUUAUUUAUGUAUUACAUUUAUAUAAGUGUAUAUAUAUUUAUAGUUUGUAUAUUGUAUUUUUGUAAUAUAAUAUCCUAUUGUAACAAUGCAAUGUUUUGUGGACCCAGGACAUACUUGAAAACGAGAGAAAUCUCAAUGUAUCCAUCCUGGUAAAAUAUUUUAUAAGUAAAUAAAUAUGUUGAUACAUACGCUAGGAUAUCAAGGGCAUUUCCUAUAAACUUUUCCGACUUUAAAUUGGCUGUCUGUUUUGUGAAAGUAAGAGGAGUUAUUUAAGUAAAUGAUUAUGCAUGUUGUAUUAUUGUUUUAUUUUAAAACUGUUAUUCACUUGCUGCUCUUAUUUCCAGCAACCCUCCCCUAAGUGAGGAAAUGCUGCCCCCAGGAGAGUGGAUGUGUCAUCGCUGCACCAUACGCAGAAAGGUAAGGCAGUUCAAUUUAUAACUUUAUAUAUAAAUAUAUUUUAUUUUAAUUUUUUUAAAUGUAUGCACUUAAUAAGCAAACAUGUACAACUAUAGAAACUAGAAAGUUUAGAGGGUUGGGUUUUUUUUGGGUUGGAGGGGAGGAGAUUAAGAUUAAUUAAAAUCUCAUUUAAUAUUGUCUCUUUCCAUGACCUAGCAGCAGACACCUGACUCUUUAGUGAGGUAUAUUGGCCCAUAUGUUCCAUAUUGGGGUUGAAGCAAUUCUUGGUUUUGGAAAUAGAAUCCCUUUCACUUUUUUAUUUUAUUUUUUUUUAAUUCUUUAUUUUUGUUGUGCAAAUAGUGACAUAGACGCUUGUUGCGCCACAACAGCAGGACAAGUGAAAAAAACACAGUAUAAGAUUAUAAAAUGGCAUACAGGGCAAUUGCACACAUUUUAUAGUUAUGUAGUUCUAGCAGGCAAGCUGAGUACUGUAAAUUAAGUGUAUAACAAGCCUAAAAAACACGUCAGAGACUGAGUAUUAAACGCAUAGUAGAUUAUUAAGAUAGUUAUGUCAAUACUAAAAAAAAACUAGUAGACAUGCCUUAAUUCACGAGAUAUGUCUAGCAUAUACAUCGCUAUGGACUACUCCUGGGAUUAAAACAAACUAAAACUUUAACUGUUUUGGUGCUUAUGUUUCAGGUGAUAAUACUAGAAAAGUAAAUGAGUUAAAACAUUAUGCUAGAUGUAGUUGACCAGAGGGUUUUCACUGCAGCAUCAUUGGGAAUUAAUUGCUAUCUAUGUGUAGAGGUAAAAAGAAUCAGGCUGUAUGAAUCAAACUGUGCUAGUAUAUUCCUGUGUAGAUAUAAGGGCAAAGCUUAAAGGAUCACUAUAGUGUCAGGAAAAUACACUUGUUUUCCUGACACUAGAUCAUCCUUAGGACCCCCCACCCUCAGGGUCCCCCUCCCUUGGCGAUAAAGGGGUUAAAACCCCCUUCAGUUACUUACCUUAAUCCAGCGCUGGGCUCCCUUACCUCUCCUCGCCUGCCGCCGUCAGCUCCCUCGUCUGACAUCAGCGGAGGAAUGCGCAUGCGCGGCAAAGCCGCUCGCAUUCAAAGUGUCCAUAGGAAAGCAUUUUUCAAUGCUUUCCUAUGGACGUUCUGCACGCUGGAUGUGAUUUUUCGCAUCCACCGUUGCAGAAGCGACUGUCAGGAAGAUAGCCACUUGAGGUUGGAUUAACCCUGUAAUGUAAACAUAGCUGUUUCUAUAAAAAUGCUAUGUUUACAUCUAAAGGGUUAAAACCUGGGGGACCUGGCACCCAGACCACUUCAUUUAGCUGAAGUGGUCUGGGUGACUAUAGUGUCCCUUUAAAACAGAGAGAGCCUUCUAAUCAUGACAGAAUAACGUGAUGUAUAAAAUUAAACAAGACAUAUCCUAAGCAUAAGUAAUGAAAAUAAUACAGCACUACGGAAUGUGAUGGCGCUAUAUAAAUAAUAAAGUUUAAAAAUUUUUUUUUACAAUGGAGACUCGGUAGUUAAGCCCCGCAGACCUCUGGGCACAGCGCUUUGUGGGGGGAAGAGGGGAGGAGAGAAAGGAGCCUGUGAAGAGUGUAACAGGGCUGCUGUGCGGCUGCUGGAUUUAUGAACAGGGCAGCGGCUGUCCACCCUCCUUCUCUACCUUUCAUGCCGCAGGUUUCAAAGUUUCGUAUAGCCCUCAGGGUCCUCAAAACUCCCGAUCAGUAGCUCCAACAGCUCCCUGCUCACUUUGCUGUAUUUCUAGGCUGAAAUGAGAGCAGUGUGUCAUAGUUUUCAGCCAAAAUGGCAGAUUUUGCAAGAGCCUCUCCUGCAUGCUACCAGUCAGCAUGGUGGUCAGGCCCUGUGCCCUUUCAAAAUUAUGUUUUGGAACACCCCGAGCUGUCUCACAGAUAUACACGAUAUUGGUCACUUGUAGGUACAUAUUGGCACCACCCUGCAUAAGGAACUGGGAAGAAGACCUAGACGAGACCAUGUCGGAAGCGGACUGGGACAAGUGCAUCACCCUAAUACAAAAAACUCCCUAAUGCAAGAAAACUCCUACAAGAUAUUCACCAGAUGGUAUCUGACACCGACAGCACUCCACGUCAGGAACCCAGAUAUACCAGACACCUGCUGGAGAUGCGGGGAGGAAACAGGCACGUUUCUACAUAUCUGGUGGGCAUGUGCACGGCUCCGGCCCUUCUGGGACACAAUUAGGGAUAUAAUACACGAAGUAACAGACGAGACACUCCCGGGGUCCCCGGCCGCCUUUCUCCUCCACCACACCAACAUGACCGCGGUGGCUGAACGCAGCCAAAACAAUCAUCCCCAUCUACUGGAAGCAGGUGAACGCACCUCCGAUAACACGAUGGCUAGAAGAGGUGGAAACCACUAGGAAAUUCGAAGAUAUAAUGGCAAACACUCCGAAACAUAGAGACCGAUACACCAAACGCUGGUUUCACUGGAUACGAUUAACCGCAUCAAACGACUUCCAACGCCGCCUGGCCACACAGUAACCAGGAAUGAUGAGACGGAGGAGGCUGCGGUUGGGAACGGGGCGGGAGGCAGAGAACGGUGGCGGGCGGCGGCGGCAGGGGACGGACACACUCAUACCCCCCAACGCUCUCUCCCCCCCCCCCCCCCCAUGUCAACCCCCAGUCAAACCCAUGAACACACCUCGAAAGACACACAGUAGCAAAAUGAAACCGAAAGGCCUUAACCAGCCACUCCCACAUAACGAGACUGACCGACAACAAUACCAGCAUGAAGCAACCCUACAUAGUGCCACAAGAAACUCAACCCUCAAUACACCAAUGGACGGUCAAGACACAGAGGGGGGCAACACCGCAGACAGCACAGAAAGGAAAAACACCCAUAAGAGACACGGAACCAAGAGUUGGCCACGCCACGGGCACACACACCCAACCGAAGCCCGUAAAACCAGACACAACGGGGAACACCCGUUAGAACACAUACAGUGACAAACGCAGGGCACACCUAGGCGCACACGACCAGGAAACACCAAACUGCAUAAAGCAACAGAUAUUCAGACGCACAGGUAGCAUGCAAGCACAGGCACCAGAACAAAUAGAAUAAGAUUAGGCAGAAACACUCACAACAAUAUGCACAGGUGCAACGGUAAUAUAGCAACACUGCAAGCCAUACAGAUGUAAAAUGCGAGUAACAAAUUGUGAAUAUAUCUGCUGUAUUGUGCACGCAAUGACCAUCCAGCCUCUAUGUAAGGUGACGGAACCCAAACAAAUGUAUGUAAUGCAACCUGGCGCCCCUGCGUGGGCAACCUUUACCUCACUACUCACGAAGAUGCUACCUACACGGGUGAUAUGACAACACUAAAAAUAUUCAAAACAAACCCACUAACACAAAGAAACUACAUGAACCAGCCAACACAAGACAAUUACACGAACAUACUCCUCCACCUCCUUUAGUGUAUCGAUACACCAAGAUGCAUAUUAGCAGACCAUAUGCCUCUAAUCGACACUAACUCAGUUGUACACAUAUGACAAUAACGCUAACACACAGCAACACCAAACUUGUUUAACGAAAGUGAUCUAAUUCUGCAGAACAUAAGUACUCUUAAAUUUUGUCAUGACAUGGUUACUUUGAAUUGUCCAUGCACCGAAAACAACGCCUCUGCGUAGGCGAUUAUCCGCUUAACCACAAAUAUGUUUGCAAUGGAAUUUGUUAUGAACCAAUAAACAUAUUCAAAACAAAAUUAUGUUUUGGAUUACAAAAGAUACAAAUGCACAAACAAUAUUGUUACUGCACUCCUCUGCAUAGACUUUAGACUUGCACCUGUCAUGCCUCAAACAAUUUAUACUCAUUAGAUUAAGUUUAAGAUUUUAUCUAUUCAUUGUGCUAGCAGUUUUGUUUUCAAAUGUAUAAAUAAGGAGAUAAAAACUAUUAAAAAAAAAAAAAAGUGUGUGUGUGUGUAUGUAUGUAUAUGUGUGUGUGUGUGUGUGUGUGUGUAUAUAUAUAUAUAUAUAUAUAUAUAUAUAUAUAUAUAUAUAUAUAUAUAUAUAUAUAUAUAUAUAUAUAUAUAUAUAUAUAUAUAUAUAUGGUUUUUCUCCUAGCUGUCAGUCAAUGCCUCAACGUGCCACGGCAUUGACUGACAAGCAAGAGCAGAAAAAAAAAUCACACAGGCGGUCCCUCUGCUUUUCUCCCAUGCGCUGCGGUUGCUAUGGAAACUGUAGCUAGGGAGUAUAGGAAUGGAGUGCCGUGAUGUCAAUCUGUUGCGAUGCUGGCAACUGACAAAAUUUGCCCUGCUCAGGGAUCCGUCCCAAGCAGAGCAAAUCAAAGAAGAACAGAGGUGGAGAGCAGGCGCAGCAGAGCGCAGCCUGGAGGUUCUUGUUACACGAGGAGUAACACCGGUGAAACGGCGCUGGAAUGAGAGGAAAUGUGAGUAAAGCUUUAUAUUUUACAUUGAAUGCACCAUGAAUUUUUUUUUGCAUUACUGCUUCACUUUAAGAUUCGGUAUUUCUGAGUGAGUAUUUAAUAGUGGAAAAGCUGAAAUUUACUAAUUACAUAUAUAUAUAUUCAAUUCAAACCCCUGUUACUAAUUAGUCGUCACCUUUUGCUGUAAUAAUGAAGUGUCUUUGAAUAAUUAUCUAAAGCUUUGCACAAUGGCUUUGGGCAGAUUUUCUCCCGAUGGUCCAGUUUGAUUGAGUUGUGCUUGUGGACUGCAAUUUUCUAAUGGUGCCAGAGGUAUUUAUUAGGAUUGAUAUUCAGGUCUUUGACUUGGCUGCAUUUUUCCAUUCUACCUUAAUUUUCACAAGUAUACCAGGCCCUGCUAAUUAUUAUUUUUAUUAUUUAUAUAGCACCAUUUAAUAAAAAGGUCCCCUCGCCAUUGAAGCCUUCCUACCAUACAUCACUGUAGGGAUAGUGUUUAUUUAGGUAUGGGCACUGCUUUGUGUGAGCCACAUAAAGCAGUUGAAAUUAUGGUUAAAAAGCUCUAUCUUGGUCACAUCUGCCUAACUAAUCUUUUCCUGUAUCAUAGUUUUUCUGUAUGUGCCUUUGUUUGCAAACUCCAGAUGAUUUUGAGUAAUGGCUUCUUUCUUGCCACACUCUGGUACAGGCUAGUUUGAAGCAGAGCUCUUGAAACUGUUGACUUGUGUUUUUACUGCAGCCUUAGCCACUGACCUCUGUAGCUCCUGUAGAAUGAUCUAUGGCCUCUUCUUGGCUCACUUUUGCAGAGUUUUUAAGGACAACCUUUUCUAGGCAGUGCCUGGGUGGUUUGACAUAAUCUGCACUUUCAGAUAAUUGGUCCAACAAUGCUAAUAGCGUUUUCCAAAUGCUUUUAUAUUACUUUGUACAUUAUUCUAACAGAUGCAGUCUGAGGAAUCCAUCUCUUUACAGUGGUUUGUUCUUUCUUCUUCGUUCUAUUUUCCUUCAGAUCUGAAGCUUUGCUAAUGAUUCUUAUUGAAAGUGGGGCUUUUAUCCAAACUGCCAUUACUUUAAUGUCUCACAGUGAGAUUACAGUUCUUAGGUAAUUAUAUUACCAAAAGGGGGUUGUUGUUUUUUAGCUGCGUAAACAUCGAGUUUUCAGAGUGGGGAGAUUGAACAUUUUUGCAAACUGUAUAUUUUAGUGGGGUAAGGGGGUUGUUUUUUUUUUUUUCUUCAAAAUAUCUUUCCACAUGACCAAUGCUCCUUUAAACUGAUAAAAGUUUACUUUAAAAGGACACUUUAGUCACCAGAACAAGUACUGUGUAAUGUAGUUGUUCUGGUGUGUGUAUAGUAUGCCCCUGCAGGGAUUUUAAUGUAAACACUGCCUUUUCAGAGAAAUUACUGCCUAGUAACACUUCUAGUUGCAGUCACUGCCACUAGAAGUGCUUCCUGGGUCAGUGCAACGUUCAGCGUCUCCAGGCUCUUCAUGGAGGAGCUGAAGUGUACCAUAGAGAUGCAUUCAGUCAAUACAUUUCUGUGAGGAGAUGCUGAUUGGUGCAACGUUUUGCAGCGCAUGCCCAAUAGCUUUCCUAUGCUUUCCUAAAUUUCCAUAAAUUUUGAUAAUCUCAGCCAAGAAGCGAGUCGCUGCAAACCCCACAACCCUCUUUAAUGGGGGCAAGGGGCCUAAAAUUUGUUUUUUAACACUGUAGUGUCAAUAAUACAUAUUUUUGUUUCUUUAAUAGAAACAUGGGUUAUAGAUUCAUACCUAGUCUGAGUAUAAAGUAGCACGUUUUUUUUUCCAGAGCAAGGUAUUUUCAUGCUUAAAUGUGAAGUAUACAAACAUCCUCGCAUAAUAAAAAUACAAACUAGGUUCCUCACCUGUUAUAACCUUUCUUUUUAUUAUUUUGUUUUGCCUUGACUAUUUGGUUUCUUUUGUAGGUGAAAGGUUGGUGUGCACUUGUAUUAUCUUGUUUGCUUUUAAUAAUUAAAUCAGUCAUUGGCAUUAAAGUAAAUAUUAGUAAUUGUAUUCUAUUUUUUGUUUUGCUUAUAGAAACGUGAGCGUAAGAAAGAGUUGGGCCAAGUUAAUGGUCUGUUUGAUAGAUAUGGAAGAAGGACGGUGUCACCUACCAGUGACUUGGAUUUCUCCGAAAGAGCUGCUGGCAGCUACCGGACCCUUGCACAAGCCAGGAUGCUGGAAAGAAGAGUGAGCCGUCCUGGCACCCCUACAUCUAGUGCCAGCACUGAUACCCCCACCUCAGAACAGAAUGAUGUCGACGAGGACAUGAUUGACGUGGAUGACGAGCCCCCUGCUCUGGAGUCGGAGUAUGGCCAUUCUCAACUCAAAAGACCCUUCCAGCUUCUCAUCGCAGCUGCCAUGGAAAGGAAUCCUACCCAAUUUCAGCUCCCCAAUGAGCUUACCUGCACCACAGCACUUCCAGGUCAGUGUUUAGGGAAUAGCCUUGAAACCUUUUCAUAUCUGUAAUUGCUUGCCAUCAAGGUAACAUUCCUUCUAAAUGUAGCACAGCACUAUCAUUGCUGGAGCUAUAUUAUUUGAAUGUGUGAGUUGAAACUCCCCUACACCAGACACCCAGCGGCAAAGUCACCAUCGGGGGUCAUUGUAAAUUAUGCAAAGACCCCCAAGAGUGACAGAGCUGUUUUAAUAUUUGUAACCAGUUAUUUUCAUUAUUCAUAUUUUGAAUAAUAACUUUAAAGGGACACUAGAAGCAUCAAAACAUAUUUUCCUUAAUGAAGCAAUUUUGCUCUAUAAUUCAUGCCCCUGCAGUAGCAUUGUUGAAUUUUCUGCCAUUUAGGAGUUAAGUAUUUUUUUAUUUCUGUUUAUGCAGCCCUAGGCACAUUUCUUCUGGCUGCAACUGACACAACCUUCAUGGGAAAAUGGUUUCAUUUUCAAUCAGAUCUUAACUUGCUUUUUAACUCUGUAAAUAAAACUUUAAUCACACACAGGAGGCUCCUUCGGGCAAUUAAUAGAGCAGGAGAUAAUAAAUUCUAAAUGAAACAUAAUGUGCAAUAAAGGAUGUUUAAACAUGAUUUCUCUUUUUACAGGAAGUGCUUAGGAAGGCUGUGUAAGUCACAUGCAGGGAGUUGGGACAGGGGACUGCAGAAACAAAGGGAUUUAACUCCUAAAUGGGUAUUAAGCAGUGACAUUGCAGGGCUAUGGUUGUUCCUGCGGCCCAGGAGUAGUGGGAGUAUGAGUGUAGGACUUGUUUUUGUGUAUUUAUAUUCACUUAUGUAUCACACAGCCAUGUUACAAUCAUGCCACCCAUCCCAUGUGUUCCCUAUUAAGGGUUAAUAAGAAUGUAGGGAUUAAGAAAAAUACCCCUCACUGUCUCAUUAGAUAUUUCUUUGCCUGAAGCAAGCAGUUAGUGUAGGACCAACCUAAGAGGUUUGCCUGGCAGGUGGGCUUACAUCUAAUGGCGAUUGGAGUUACUAAAUAACCUCCAUUUAUUUAAAUAUGCAUAGGGAUUUGGGCUAGUGUGCAGGUAACUAUUUUCUUUUAUUUUUUUUUGCAUGUAUUGGGGCUGAUGUAUGCUAUAGUCGUUGGUGCUGCUCAGGAGUAGUGGGAGUUUGAGCGCAGGACUUAUUUUUGUGUAUUUGCAUUAGAAAUACAUAGCUAGGUAAUGGUAUUAUUUCAAGGUAAACUAUCGCUAGGUUGAUAGGUUAAUUAAUCAUAUUUGAAGAACAACUUUAAAGAUGUUCAUGCUCUGUACAUAGAUUUGCAGAAUAAUAGUGGAAUUAUGGUGUUUUUUUUUUUCUGAACUAUAAAUGUUUAUUUCAUGUUUUUUCUGUGAAAAAGUGCACGAUCUCUCUGUAGACACAAGCUCAUUUGACUUAUGAUUAUUAUAAGUAUUAUUGACUUGUAUUAUUAUAAUUAAUUUACCAAAUAUGUAAAUAUUGCUGAAAGUACAUAAGAGACCCAUAUUUCAUACAAAAAAAAACUUUUGGACUAUAAUGUAUCUUGUAUAGAAAACUAUAUUUUUAUACAUAGUUACCUCUAAAACCUUUUUAUUAAAACAAAUGUAAUUAGAUAUUUUUAUUUAUUUUUAAAUCAGAUAAAGUGAGGUUUUAUUUUGGGGGUUUUUUUUGUUUGAUUUUUAUAUAUAUAUAUAUAUAAUCAAAUUUUUAUCCACCCUGGUUGCCCUUUCUUAUAUUCUUUCUUCUAACUCUCUUGCAGGCACCAGCAAGCGACGUAGGAAAGAGGAGAUGACGGGAAAGAAUGUCAAGAAAGCACAGCAUGAAUUAGAUCACAAUGGCCUGGUACCUUUACCAGUUAAAGUUUGCUUCACUUGCACCAGGUAUGAAAACCAAACUACCAGUAUAGAACCCUACUGGUUUAUUGCAAAAGAAAGGAGUCCUCGUGGUUUUUUCACCAUAUGGGAUGAGCAACACAAACAUCUUAAAGGGUAAAAAUCUAAGAUAAGUUACUUAGAAAUAUGUGUAUAUCUUUACGGUGUUUAUCCGUUUGUGCACAUGGAUAGCAGAUGAUAAAUUGUUUGACACACUGAAUUCUCAAAGCACAUUCAAUUCAAUGAUUUUCACUGACUUUACCAAAUCUUUGUAGACACUGUGUCAUGCUUUAGCCAGAUUUCCAUUAGGGAGUUAAUGAUAUAAUAUAUCUAUUUUCUAGCUACCAGCAUGACCUGAGGCAUUAUUAAUUUUUUUUUUUUUUUUUUUUUAAACUGGAUGCUUAAAGGGACACUCCACUGCCCAAAUGCAAAAAAAAUCACAUUUUAGUACAUAUACCCUCCAGUUUACCCUCCAUGAUCCACGUAAUGGAUUCUCAAAUUAGAGACUAUGGAUUUGCUUGGAAUGAACCUAAAAUCAAAAUGUGAUUGGAAAAUGAAAUAAACUGUAACAUUUUAAAUGUCACCCUUAAUGUCAUCUGUAGGUUUGUCAUUUAUUCUUAUGUCACAUUGUCCCUUUUUCUUGUCCUUAAAGAAACACUCCAAAGCUUUAGAGGUUAACAGAGUGUCUCCUCCUUGUCACUAUUUAAAAUUAUUAUUUAUAAAAGUGCCGCUUUUCACUUGAUAUACGCAAAGUGGCAUCCUCUCAGUUGUCAAUCAAAUAGCAAGGAGGGAGUCCUUCCUGGUUGCUUUGUGCCCCAGUAAAAAGUGGAAGCCUAUGCCUCUGCUUGAGAAUUAUUGGAUUCCAAGAUUCCUAUGAGAAGAAUUGGAGGGCUGUGCAGUAUUUGCCGUGCAUGUGCUCUGUAUCCCAGUGUUUCUCUAUCAAAAGCAUUGUAAUGGCUAGGAGAUCAUCAGUAGGCUUUUUUAAAUGCAUGUUCAAAGUUCUAGCUUUAUUUUAAAGACCCAGGAGGCUUUAGCACAAUUGAUCUUCUUAUCUGAACAGGAAGCACACACCUAUAUUCUUUGUCUACGAUUCAGCCGUGGUGAAACCUGUGAAUUUUUGUUUUGUUGGUAGAGUGGGAUCAUUAAUACACUGUGUUUAUCUUUAUUGCAAUAAGUUUACAUAUCCUCAUCACCCCACUAGUAAUCUUUCAUUUCUUUUGUAAGACGUUUGGUGCAGCACCUGCAAGUUCCUUUCUAUAUUUUGUGGGUGGAGGUGUUACUGUGUUGAAACUGCACCCUGCCCAAGUAAGACUCACUGCAAAUUCAUUGCUUCUGUCUUAAUGUUAUUAGGAAUUACACAUGGCAUAAAAAGACCCAAUUCACAUUGAAUAGUAGUAAGAUGCAACACCAUUUGCUAGUCACUAGUAAAUAGGGCAUGUUGUGCUAUUAAAAUGAGAGAGGGCAUGACAAAUGUAAUUCUGGUAUCGGUAGCCAACACAAAAAUCUAAGAACUAGGCAUCCCCUUGGCAUCUGUACCACAUACAUGCAACAUACUCGACUUGUGAUAACAUUUUCUACAACUCCUCUUUUACUAAUACCUUCAGAUCUUACACACAAUGCUAUGAAUAAACUGUAAAGGGGCAAAGAUUUGGCUGUGUUUUUACUGUGAAACUGGCUGCCAGUGCCUACCAUAUCUUCAUUGUGGACAAUGGGCAGCAAUAUCUACCAUUUGAGUCUAUUUCAGAAGUUAUUUCCCACAUACCACAAGCCUAUUUAUAUUGUUUAGGUGUCAGCUAAAGUUUUCUCUCCCUACUAUAAACAUUAAUUUUAAACUGAUUUAUCUUGUUAUUGAAAUUUAGUACACAAGUUGUCCCUUUUUGACAGAGGGCAAGAGCCUUUAGUGUGAGGAGUAGGGCUGUACAGUUCACUACCUAGAGUUCUGCAUUAAUUAUUGGACAAGAAAUGGCAUUAAUUGGCUUAUUAUGUCAAAUUAAGCAUUGCUUUAUCCUUUUUGCCUUUUAUAGUUAAGAAUAUGGAAACUCCACUUCUCCAGGGUGGGCAUGAGAGAAAAAAGGGCCUAAAUACUUGUGAAUAUGCCAUGGUUAUUGGGAAUUGCACAGAGCUGUGCCAUCCAAAAAGUUAGUGGAUAUCCCAGGCCCAGUUAAAAAAAUAAAAUAAAACUUCAAUCAUCUAAAUGCUGCGCAAAAAAUGAUUUGCAUUUUUUUUCAUUUAUAAGGGCAGCCAAUAUGUUAACAUAUGAAACACUGACAAUUGGUUCUCACUCUGUUUUCAGGAGCUGUCGUGUGGCACCUCUUAUUCAGUGUGAUUACUGCCCUCUCUUAUUUCACAUGGACUGUUUGGACCCUCCCCUCACUGCUAUGCCAACAGGCCGGUGGAUGUGUCCUAACCAUAUUGAACACAUUGUGGUGAGUUGCCUUGUAUUUUUUUCAAAUUUUAUGGGGGAAAUGUAGGCUUGGUGGUGAUUUGUCCCAUCUUAGAUAGAUGAGUGCCUGUUACAAUCAUGGUGCCUCUCUGGGAAGAACAGUGAUUUCUACUUCUAAUCGGUGUGUUUAAUAUUGUGGGUAAGAUUCCCUUGUAAAAAUAAUGACUUUUUACCUGAUUAAUAUAUUGGUUUGAGAACUGAUUGACUUGGCUUAUUAUACACUUAAAUUGAUAUGCUGUUUUUUCUACAGCUGAACCAGAAGAGUAUGACCCUGAGUAAUCGCUGCCAGGUUUUUGACCGCUUCCAGGAUAGCAUUUCACAGCAUGCGGUGAAGCUGGACUUCCUGAGCCGCAUUCACAAAACAAACCCUCCCAAUCGCAGGGUGCUACCACUGUCCAAAAAACAUACGGUUAAGGUGCGUAGUUUGAUUCUGUGGCACAAAUUAUUGGCAAAAUGUGAGAUUAUUAAUUUUUUACAACUUUAGAGUGCAAAUAACUGUUGAUUCUAAAUUCUUCUUUUUUUUUUUUUGCCUGUUAAUUUAGUGCAAAAUAAUUUUUAUUUUUUUCCGAUGUGGUCUUAUUUAUGUGGAAACUCCAAUGCCUGAUAUAUUAAUUAUUAGCAGUCCUUAAAUAAGUAUUUUUAUGUAACAAGAAUACUUGCAAAGAAAUAUAUGUAGGGUGACCGGUGCAAUUUAAAUUCUCCAUGUACAUUUGUCAUUUUGCAAGUGUGAAUAUACUCAUGCACACACUGCAAAUUAUAAUAUAUAUUUUUUUUAUUAUUGUUUUUGUGGGUGGUACAAGAGAAAUUGAGCGUUAUGUCAAAUAUAAACAAAUGGAGGUUAUUUAGUUGCUCCAAUAGCCAUGAGUUUUUAGCCCACCUGCUACGUCAAGGCAAACAUCUCAGGUGGGUCCCCCACUGACCUUUCACCUUGCUUCCUUGAGCUUCUGGCAAAAAUAUCUCUGAGACUGAAAGGGGUAUUUUUAUAAACCUCUACAUAUUUAUCAACCCUUAAUAAGAAGAACAUGGGUUGGGUGGCGACAUUGUAACAUUACUGUGUGAUACAAAAGUGAAUACAAAUACGAAAAACCGGUCCUGCGAUCAAACUCCCAUUACUCUUGGGCGGCAGCAACGACCACAGUACACAUACUGUAUAUAUUGGGGCUGAUGUGUACUGUGGAAGUUUGAGCGCAGGACCUGUUUUAUUGUAUUAUGUCAUAUAUGACCUCAAGAAUGUUGUGUACAGGAAAUAAAAGCAAUGUCAAGAUUAUACUCCCAUUUUUAUGUAAUAAAACCAGAACUUGGCUAGUGAAGUAGUAGCAUAGGAUAUGUAGACUAAUUCACCUUACAGCUGAUAUCAUGAGCUAUGAAUAUAACUAUGCAAAAUUAAAGGUACGAAGACUAAGCUCCUAGUUGAGGAAGUUUAACCACUACCACAUGGAGUAGGAGUGGGUGGAGACAAUCCUAUACAAAUAACUCGGGCGUAUAUGCCUAGUUUGUCAACAGUAUCACCUUCAAGGCAGUGGCAGGGUUGUACAGUGUCCGCAGUAAUAGCUUGUAAAAUAAGAGCGGAGAAAGUAAAGCUAUAAUAAAACAAAACCAUAAUUGCAUUUUAUGCAAAGAGUCUUGCUCCCCCUCAGGAGUAAAAGGAGUGCUGGAUUUGAAUCUGCCACUUCCUGGUCCAGGAAGAGAACAGGGCUCUCCCCUGGUCCAAAGGCUUUAAACUAUUUCUUAUCUUUUGUGACCAUUAGUGAUCUGGACCAUCGGUAGUAGUCCUGCAUUUUGAAGGGUCCUGGUAAUAGGCUGGAUAAAUUUUGGUUGAGGUCUUGAAAAAAAGUAAGGCUGUAUUGUUCAAAUACAAAAUAUGUUUUCCCUUUAAAGGGACAAUAUAGUCACCAAAACAACUUUAGCUUAAUGAAGCAGUUUUGGUGUAUAGAUUUUACUCCUUCCGUUUCACUGCUCAAUUCUCUGCCAUUUAGGAGUUAAAUAACUUUGUUUAUGUAGCACUAGUAACACCUCCCUGUAUGGGACUUGCACAAUCUUCCUCAACAUUUCCUGUAAAGAGAGAUCUAAUGUUUACACUUCCUUUAUUGACCAGCCUGUUUAAUAAUUUAUAUCCUGUGUCAGUCACAGCCUGGGAGAUGUGGCUAGGGCUGCAUGGUUAGAAACAAAAGGGAAUUUACUCCUAAAUAGCAGAGAAUCGAGCAGUAUGUGUAUAGAUAUGUCCUAAACACAAAACCUGCUUCAUUAAGCUAAAGUUGUUUUGGUGACUAUUGUGUCUUUUUAAGUGAGGUUAGACGUUUAUCUGCAUAUGUCUGGCAACAUUAUGUCUCGCGGAGUUGUAUUUGGUGCUUGAGGUGAUAUUGAGAUUCUGUAUACACCGUCAAAUGUGAAUUGUUUGGCUUGUCGUGUUGGUAAGAUGAAUGCUUGUCUAAUAAAAUGGGCAAAUUACUCUGGGGGGAGUGAGUCUGCCACACCUCUUAUUUCUAUCCUUGUCAUCAAUCUGGUCUACCUGUAAGGAGAGAUGUGAGUGUGUGGACUGCAGCUGCGUUACCGUUUCUCAUAGGGUAGCCAGAUCUUGUCUCCGAUCGAAGAUAUCUUCCCCUGAGCCAUGCACUCUAGUUGUCACUGCCUGUACCUUGUAUAUACUAUAGCCAACUGAGCCGAGAAUGGUUUUUGUUUUUUUUGGUAUAUCCUGUUUAGUGGGUGGUGCAUCGCACUCUGGUAUUGUUUGUACCUCUACCGUCAGGACUGUUGGUGUAGGAGGCAAAGUCCUGUCUGGUAUAUCCUCCACUUAUAGAGUAUAUAUGGCCUCUAGCUGCGUCUGUGCUAUUGCUAUAUUACAGGUUGUAAAAGUUAACAGCUGGCCGAUCUCUUGACUCUCUUUAGCGGCAGUUUAAAGUAACUUCUGCAAUUUGCAUCCCAUUUCUGCACUAGGAUGUUCCCCAGAGGGUACCCCAGCAGAUGAGGAAUGCUCGGUCUUCCACAACUGCUGCCAAUUGCAAUCCAUGGGCCUUGCCUGCAAUAGGCCUAAACAAACAAUGCAUAACUUUUACUCCUAGUAAUCCAAACAUGUUUUUAAUCCAACAGGUUUUACUAUUCCCUUUGUAAUGGCAUGGAGUUGGUUUGCUCUUCACCCCUAACUUCUCCAAUUUAAAAUCACUCUUUUCUUCUCAGGUUCCUGAUGCAAUCAAAGCACAGUACCAGACACCUCCACAGCUAAUGGCCCCGGCGGGAAUACGUGAUGGGGAAUUAAUUUGUAACGGCAUACCCGAUGAAUCUCAAAAGCACCUCUUGAACUCUGAGCACUUAGCCAGCCAAACAGAGCAACAAGAGGUAUGUUUGUAGUUGUAAUACAACUGUCAAAAGUAAUUGUCUCACUAAAGUAUGCAAUGUUUUUAUACCAAGACCCACCUGAUCAUGGAAAUAUCUUACUAUGGUGUCAUUUGCACACACCAAUUGUAAGAGCCAGGACACAGUUUGCAUUUAAACCAUAAUGCGGAAGUACUUUUGUACAUGAGCAGCCCUAAAUAAAAUGUAAUAUGUAGCGUUCUUCUACCUGUUGCUAUGAUUUGUUUAGUUCUUUACUGGUUUAAAAAAAAAAAACUGCAUUGUAACAGUAGAAAAGGGUGUGAAACGUACAUGCUCAGCUUUAUUAGGAUUGUAAAAGUUGUUCCAAGUAACAUCACAACUUCCUAUGAUUUUGAAGCUGUCAUGGUGCCUGGAGUCAGUCUGUCUGUCUACAGAGGAUAACCCCUCUGCUGCCAGCGCUGGAAUGGAGGUAAGUUAUAGAGAUAUAUUUUGAUUUCAUUUUUUUAUUUUGUUUCAAGUGGGGGCAGAGGAUAUAGAAAGGUUUACACUGACCAAUCAAGAACCACAUGUUUAUUAAAAGAGUUUUUUGGUUGGAUUAAUCCUUUAAGAUUUAAUACAUGUGCAGGGUAUAAGGGCAUCCAUGAUUAAGCCUCUAAAUUUAUAUAAGUAUGAGCCAGAACACUGCCCUCUGCAGGUUUUCUGUAGACACAAAUGUCUGCACUUUAGGCUUAGAUAUAGGUAGAAAAAGUGUUGUAAUUAACUGUACUUGUAAGCUAAAUGCACUUCAUUGUUAGUCAAGUUGUGUUUCUAAUCUGCUGAGUCUGUGCAUCUACUGCGGUUGCAUAUUCAAAUUUAAUCCAGGUUUCUGGUUUAUUCUUCAGUGGCUCCGCAGUGUGAUUGCACUCCAGUGCAGCAUACUGAAACAUUUGUCUGCUAAGCAGAUGCCUCCGUCCUGGGACACAGAUGAUACUGAGACUUUGGAUGUCAAACCGGUUAUUGCACUCGAUGGUUCGGUUUCCAACUCUCACCAGCACACUGAUGGCAAAGCGCAGUUUCCCGCAUCUUUAGGCAUGUGUCCGAGCAGCCAGGCCAUGUCUUUGCAGGAAGAUACGACAUUUGUGGUCAAGCCUUGCCUCUCAACCACAUUUGGCACCUCAAAUGGACCUGCUGCUCCAGAGUCCAAAUCGAAUGGCCCUCAUGCUUACGGUGUUAGCCCUAAUCCUACGGAACAGUUGACUGAUCCUCAAAAGCUAACAGGACCAAGUACUGGUGUGUCGGUACUGACUCAGCGGCAAGCACGCCCUCGUUCGGGCACUCCUCCUUCUGCUACAGUACUCCCGAAACAUCUGAUGAAAGCAGAUAAUACAUUAGGGUCAUCACUGUGUACGCCACGCGUACCAGUACCUGCCAUUACACCCCCGAGCUCUUGCACCAGUUCUGAGCUUACUAGCACUUUGUUACGCAAACCUGCGCUAACACAACCUGGGCUUACAUUCAACCAACCUGACUCCAAAUCAGUGGGAUCUCCACUUUCUGGUACCAGGGCCCUUACACCUCCUCAAGCUAUAGAUGUACUGACCUCUGCAGCAUCUGGUGCCUCCAGAAUUUGUGCAGCAGCACCACCUGCAGGUGAGUUGAUUGCUUUACUGUUUAAUAAUAUGAUGUCAUUUACAUUUUAUUUAUUUAUUUAUUUUUUAUGAUUCCUAUAUAUUAUGCAACUCUAUAGUUUUAAUGUGAGGAUGUAGUACAUCAUUUAAUUGAGAAAACCAUAUUGAGAAGGAAAAAAAAAACACUUGAAGGCCAUGCUCAAACUAGUUUGCCAUCUAGGUAUUUCCAGAGGAAUACAAUGGUAGAAUAGCUGGACAUUAAGGCCGGUUUAAAAAAAAAAAAAAAAAAUGCCUACAGGCACUGACUAUAUGCACCAGAACUACUACAUUAAGCUGUAGUUUUUCUGGUGGCUAUAGUGUCCCUUUAAAGUAACACUACAGUUACCCAGAUCACUUCAGCUCAUUGAAGUGGUCUGGGUGCAGUGUCCUAGGUCCCUUAACCUUGCAAUGAUUAUUGCAAUUGCAACUACAACAAUUGCCUUGGAGGGUUAACUCCACCUUUAUUGGUUGUCUACCAGACAGCCCCUAAAGGGACUUCCGGGUGGUUAGGUGAGUUUUGGUAGCCUUACAGACCCUGGACGUCCUCAGGCUAUGGAUAAUGACACCUGGCGUCCCCUGGAACCCCUUAGGAAAGCAUUAUGCAAUGCUUUCCUACGGGGGAGUCCUAAUGCAAGCACGGCAGGUCCUCCCCCCACUCCCCACAACUGUUUUCCUGGCACUAUAGUUUCUCUUUAAGAAGUGCAAUUUAAGAGCUCCUACCACCACCUGCCAUUGAACAGUGGGCAGUGCCUCUUCCUGACAAUAGGAAUUGCAAUGUUUAAGUCCACAUUUAUACAUAUAGUAUUUAUAUUGCAAUUGUUGAAAUAUAUCUAUUAUGCAAAUCCUACCUGUCUGAACAGACUUUGUAGGCAAAUAUCCUACUACAGAAUCAGGCUGUUUAAAAUUUAGUUAAAUAUCUGUCCACCCUCUGCUUCUGUCAUUGUUUUGACAACUAUAUAAUAGUGUUUUGGCAUCACAGGGUUGGUUUGGAACAGAAAACAGUGCUGUCUGUCUCAGUAUCAGUAUUAAAGGAUUUAUCACUUGUUAUUGUUUCCCUUUUAUUUUGCUUUUCUGGUUUUAUCCCCUUUUAUGAUUUUCUUUAAAUGUAGUUUUAUUUCAUUGUUUGUAAAAUUAUAGUUCCGUUGUCUAUCAAAAACACAAAAACAAAUUUUAAAAUUUUUAUUCAUUCAUGCUUUAAUAUAUGCCCCAACAGAUGGUAAUGUGUGUACAGUUACCUGGCAUGAAGUCAGUAUUUGGGACAUUAAAAAUCCUUGUAUUUAAUUAUAUUGGCUAACAGACUCUAAACAAAACCCAAUUUAGCACAAGCUGUGAGAUAUUUUCUCGGUUAAUUCAAUGCAUUCUAUCUCUUUUGCAUUAAACACAUACAUUUGACAGUCAUGUGGUAUUCAUUCAAUAUAUCCACUAUGGUAAAAUUUAAAAUUAUCAAAUCAAAAACUUGUCUUAAAAUAAAUCUUAUCAGAAGCUAGGAGCACAAUUUCUAUUUUUUAUUUAUUUUUAUUUUAUUUUGUAGAGAAAAGUAAGACAAGACAGCUUUGCGGUUAUAGUGUGAAGAAAAUUGUUUAUAGCAAACAUAGCUUGAUUUGCAGAUUAAGUGCUUAUCCCUAUGUUAUUCACAAUGGAUUGGGGUUUUGGGUUUUUUUUGUUUGUUUUUUCUCUAUAUCAUCCACCAUACACUGUUAUUUAUUAUGUUGUAAUUAAAAAUAAAAUUUAUUAAAGGAACACCACUACAGCGACCCCCUCCCUCCAUUGUAAGUCGCUAAAUUGUUUUUUAAAUUAUUUGACUUCUCUCAUGGGUUCCGCUCCUGCUUAUUGCUCUCAACCAAUGAGCUUAGACUUGCACUACCAGGUUUAGCUCAGACCGAGAACUUCCGGUUCUCUGGUUGUGGUAGUUUGGGCGGAAAGCUGUGCCAGUCACACACCAGGUAAGAAGUUGCAGUCCUAAAAUGGUUUGGCUACCUGCAUGCUGUAGUGGUUAUGAUGCGUAGAGUGUUUCACGGGUUUGACCCAUCUUCCAAAUCUAGAAGAAGACAUUCUUGUGGAAUAGUCUGUAAUUUUGUUUAUGUAAAGCUGUUGGUUGAUAAUACCCUUUUAAAAUAAGUGAAAAGGCUGCUGUUCUGAUUUCUGUCCUUUUUUCAUAGAUGGUAAAGUUCGGCCUAGUACAUUAUUACUCGAUUGUGUUCCAAGCGGUUCAUGUACAAUAACCUCUUCAGCAAUGAUGGAGUUGACCAACUCACUCAGAGCAUUGAUGGAUGGGAAUGGAGGUGAGUGAUGCUUGUCUGGGCAAACAUUUUAAUCUUCUGGACUAUCCACAAGAUAAUGAUCUCUUGAUUUAAAAAACAAAACAAAAACAAAAAACAUAAUUGUCUAUUCAUGGGUGCACUGAUCCACAAAGAGCUUUUCGAGCACUGUAUGCCAGCAAUCCAGAUAUUUAGUAUUUUUGUCUUUCUGUCCAAUCAAAUUUAUAUAAUUGAUAACUUACAAGAUAUAUUUUAAAGGAACACUAUAGCCUUUAAAAUGAAAACACUCAGCCUGCAUCCCUGGCUGAGAUCAUCAAACUUGAAUUACUUCAAAUAUGCAAUAAAAAUAAAGGAAGAAAAAAGUAUGUAAUGAACAUUUAUAAACUUGGUCAGAUUGCAUUGUUGGACACACCUGUCAGUGAGGAGAGUUAUUACAGCCUCCUGCUCUUCUCAGUUUGACUAGUCCACUAAUUACAGCAACAGGGUAUCAAUGUGCAGUACUCCCUCUCUAUUCCCCCAGUCAGAUGUUGCAAGAUGAAAAUAUCUUUCAACUGCACGUGUGUAAAUCUGUCAGGCAUGCGCAAAGCAUUUUUCUAGCAUUCCUAGGGAUAGGACACUGUUUAGAUCAAUGUCCUCAUGUCCUUGUUGGAUUGGGUGUGGAAAGCAUAAGAAAGAAGCUAGUAAGGGGAGGGAGUAGGGGGGAAUCUUAUUUACUUGCUUUUUUCAGCCUGCAGAGAGAAGCAACUGUCUCAUUCAAAGCUGCUGUCUCAUUUCCUUUAAAAGAGGUAUCUGGCUUUAAUCAUGUGUCAACUUUAAAAUGUUAUGUUGUUUCCUUAAAUGGUCUAUAUUUUUAAAACAAUCCACUCAUGGACAGUUUAAAAAAAAAAAAAAAAAAAACAUUCUCCUUUUCAUCCUGCUUAGUUCCACAGCUGUGCAUUGGACACCCCAGUGGUAUUUCAGAAGUUGAUAUUCAUCUUCUUAAAUAUAAACACUAUUAAUGCAAGAGCGAAUGGUAACACAUUCUGUAAAAGUAUUUACCAAAUUAUUAGCCCUUAAAGGAACACUAUUGUGUUAGGAAUACAAAACUGUAUAUAGUGUCACUCUAAAUGUGAACUUAUUACUGCAAGUUUUGAAUCAUUUAACAUUACAAUAGGCUAUCCGUUAUAUUUAUUGCAUUAUUAAGAGUUAACCGGUGGCAUAUUGAAAGUGCUCGUUAGUUUAAAUUGACACUGAGCUUAUGAUACUGUGGGAGAGAGAUAUUUUGUAUGUGAUUUAAGUCUCAUUAAAUAAACUUUGUGCAUAUGCAAAACUAACACCAAGCAGCAUCAUAUAACACGUGUGAAGGGCCUCCGCAAGGAAGCUUUAAAGGACCACUAUAGUGCCAGGAAAACACUCCCCUCCCGCUGGGCUUAAGGGGUUAAAAUCCCUCGGCGCUGGUGACUUCUCCUCCCCCUACCGAUGGCAGAUCCAAAUGCUUAUGUGCGGCAAGAGCCGCGCGUGCAUUCAAACCGCCCAUAUAAGAGCAUUACUCAAUGCUUUCCUAUGGACGUCCAGCAUGUUCUCACUGUGAUUUUCACAGUGAGAAUCGCGGAAGCGGCCUUGAGUGGCUGUCUGAAACUGCUUUGUUUUCAGCUGCAGGGUUAAAACUAGGGGGACCUGGCACCCAGACCACUUCAUUGAGCUGAAGUGGUCGGGGUGUCUAUAGUGGUCUUAAGUUUUUCUUUUUCUUUGUCUUUUGCACUGUUAAAUGAUGAUUUCUCAAGCUACCCAAUGAUCAAAUUUAAUCCUAUCCUUUGAUCAGUGAUUCAGAUAUUUGGUCUUUUUGAGUCCUUAAUCUCCCAUACAUGUUGCUUUCACUUAUUAUGUAGUGAAUAAAUUGUGUACAUGAACAUGUUCCAUGCUUUGUCUUCAUUGCAGAAAUCCAAAUUAAUCUGUUGGAUGAAAAGCUAGUAAAGUUGUUGGCCAUGCAGAGAAUCCAGGAGAUUUUUUCAUCGAAAGAUCAUUCUGCAGCAAGUGUCACCCGUCCCCAGCCAGCCCCUUCUAUUGGCAAUCACGUAGAAGGUGAGUUGAAAGAAAAACAAGCACUACUUCUUGAAAAAUGACCGUGAUUGUUAUAUUGGACCUUUUUGUAAUUCUUCUAUAUCUGUGAGUGCUUACCUUGGCACCCCAAAUAUCUGUGAGCCACAUCUUCUGCAAUGCUUGGCUAACGUUAAAGCUGGUUGUACUUCAUGAGAGGUGUGGUACUCAAACAAACAGGGCGGAUUCUAUCCAGGGAGAUAUAAAUCAAUUUAAUGUAACCCUAACAAUUCCAUCAAAUCUUUCCUUCACACCAAAGAAAAUCAAGUUGGCGUUCACCACUCAGUAAUUAUCUGUCUGCUUUAUAGACUGUUUGUUUGUUUUCUCUGCAAUUUCCUUUGUCAAAUUGUAAGGAUCAAUUCUCUAGUUUUCAGAGCAAGCACAGAUGUGUUUAUUUUCUGUAGGUUCCCAACAUUGGUAUCAUCACUUCAUGUGUCACUAAACAAGGUGUAGAUGGGAGAUCUGUUGAAUUGAUCCAAACUCACUAAUGUGGCAAACUACAUAAAAACAGAGCAGAUAUAUAAUUGUUAGUAUUUUUCCUCAUAAACACACAUUGGCUUGAAAUUAACUUUUUAAAGGUACAAUCCAAGCACUGUAAUGAUCUGGCAGCAAUCGUGGGAUGAUUACUAUCCUUUUAAAGAUUUUAGCUACUCUUUGGGAAUAAUAUAUUUAUCUCAUAAUUCACUGCUGGACAAGGAAUUGUGGAUAAGGUCUGUUCCCAUAAACCAGAGUGGCACAGUGCUGAUUGGAGGGUCUCAUUCUGGUGUGAGGGGGGUAUUCAGGCAGCUGCCUACUGGCCCCCUAAAGUGUUCCAAAGGACGCAUUGAAAGGUAUGAGAUACAAGUAACAAAGUGAUAUAUAAGUUGUCAAUGAAUGAUUUCCAGAGUUGGACUAAAUUGGUAUUGCAAAAGAAAAAUGAGAACGCUAGUAAUUUUGCAAUAGGUCAAAAGCACUUCAGGCACCCAAAGAACCCAGGCAAAUGUCAGUCGUCCCAAAAAAAAUAUUUUGACUCUAUUGUGGGACAGAGUCUGGCUAGACUCCUGGUUCCAAAACCAUUACAGUGGACAUUUGUGGUUAUGGUGUAUAGUGUUUAAAUCCAUACUUAAAUACAAUCCUUACUACAAUUAAAUUCUUACAUAUAUUCUUCUUACAGCUCAGAAAAGAGAGGUGCAAGCAAGAGCUGUGUUCUACCCCCUAAUGAUGGGUUCUGGCGCUCCUGUGAACAUGUGUUAUCGGACCCUUUAUAUUGGCACAGGUUGGUGGUUGGUUGCAUAUUUCAUUGGGGUUUUUGGGUUAGUGUUGAUAGUGUUUGUGUGGGAGCAGUGACAAGUUUGUAUACUGCCCGCUUGUCACUGCUUCCUACUAACCACAACUCUGCAUCAGACGCUCUUCCUGCACAGUAGGAAUUUACCAAUUUUCCUGCAUUUAGGCUGGGUAUUUGCACAGCAUCUUGAACAGCCUGCACAAAGAAACCCUUAAGCUGAUCACAGGUUUUUGUAUGAACAUUUUUAUGUUCCACAGCUAUGGGAAAGGCUCUUAUAUUGCACUGUGGCUUACUUUAAAACUCAACAGCUUAAGUUAACUAUUUUUUUAUGUUUGUUUUUACUAAAUGGAAAUAUUUUGCAGUCAGUAUGCAACCCUCCUUUCACUUUGACCCAUGCUAGCUUUGAGAGAAUUUAAUCAUAUACUGUAAAUGCCAAAGUGAUUACCAUUUCUCUUCUAGACCUAUGAUAUACAAAACCUGAAAAUUAAUCACCAUUGAUAUAUAUAUAUAUAUAUCUCCCUUAUGUAUUUGGACUUCAUAGGUAAUUUUGCUACCAGAUUAAGCAAAGGAAAAAUAACGUUAUCUUGGCAAGAUUUUUUUGCCUAUAUUGAAUUCUUCAGUAGGUUUUGUACGUCUGGAUCAAUUAAGUAAAUGUAAAUUUAUGGGCCAAUCAGGCCAUCAUCACAAAUAGCCAAACAGCAAUUCAUAUGUUUGCAUCUUAACAUACAAAGCAUGUGUGUGGGUUUUUUUUUGUUUGUUUGUUUUUUUAAUUCUAUUUUUGGGGGGGGGGGGACAGAGGUGUUAACCAAUAACAU